CCAGAAAUUAAAUAUUAGGUAAUGUUAAUAAAAUAAAUAUUAUAAAUUAUUUGUAACAAAUUCGAAAAACACGAUUAUAAGGCAAUGAAUUAAAAAUAAAUAAACUCAAUAAAAAUCAAAAUAUAAUAAACAUAAUCGGUUUUGACAUGUCAGGAAUAGUUAGAUUAUUUUAAAGGUAAACGAAAUGGUAUUAUAAUUUGUAAUUUUAAAAAUUCGGAAAUCUAAUUUGUUUUCCCAAAAAAGUCUACAACCAAUUAAAAUGUUGUGUUUACACGUAUAUGGUAAAGUAAUUAAAGCACCUUCAAAAAUAUUUGACUGCUUAAAAAUAGGUGGCAUACCGAACGAGACACGCACAUGAAAUCGAAAUAAUUUAUUACGAGUAAAAUAUUUUUUUUUUUUUACGACUGACGCGGCGCCAUGGCACGAGUUAGAUAACCACGCACAAGUCAAAUAAAUAAAUCGAUCAAUAGUCAAUUCGUUUAACUAAUAGGAUUUGUCUCGAACCCCAUCCAUUGUUCGCCUUGAAUGUAUUUCGUGUUUCAUAAUAGCUUGUGGUCGCGUGCACUAACUGCACAGUUUAAUUCAAAACCUUACCUACAGGCUGAUUUACACGUUACUAGCUACAUCUGGCAUGCCAGCCAGUAAGUCGUCUGAAAGAUUUCUGUCAUGUGGCGACUGGGAUUCCAGCUUGCUGGCAUUUUAUCGUUUACACAAUGUCAGCUACUGGAGCAUGUGUAAACAGUCUAUUUUUGUUUACUUCAAUUAUUGUUAUUGCAUUGCGAUAGUAAUGUGAAAAAGGAAAGUCAACGCGCCAGUAUUGUAGAACAAAAAUAUCUGAUCUACCGGCGCUGCCAUCUAGCAUUUGUGCGUUAGUGGCUCGCCGGCUUCUCGGGUGGCGACCGACAUCGCGAAACGUUUACACAUUACCAGUUCCCAGCGUCCAGUUGCCGGCGUCUAUGACUGAUUACGGACGGCCCACGGUCAUCGGCGAAGCUUAUAAUAUUAAUUAUUACGUAUCGACAAUGAUAUUAUUAUUAUCUCGUCGGUUCGCACACUCGUUUUAUCGAACAUACAACAGUUCGCCGGCAGAGCGGCAGAUAAAUAAUUUAUACGUUUGAUGCCGCCGGACGCGGGGUACCUACAUGCGCGUUUGUUUGCCGGCCGUCACGGCGCAUGCCGGGCGGCAGUCGGUCGCCCACGGAAAAACUUAUUAGAUUAUCGACCGACGACGACGACGACGACGCCGCGACCGCCACGGCAGUCGCGCCGCACUACCCCGUGUGCCAAGUGCUAAAUUGCAGUUUGUUACCGUAGUUUUUCGUCGACGAGUUUCCGAAAAACCGCGUCGACGUGUGUGUGUGUUUUUUUUUUUUUUUUGCGUACUAUGACCGCCGCCGGGGCAACAGCGGCCGAUAAAAAAUAACGUGUUCGUCGUGAACCGGCAGCACUGCGGCAAGACUUCGCUGAGUAGGUAAGUGAGACAAUAAUCAUGGUUGUUAUUUUUGUGGCUCCGCGACGAUAAACCAUCAUUGUGUUGACGAUACCGUCCAUGUCUAACACGACACGCGUUUUCUGGCGGUCCGCGGUCGCAGCGGUCGUACAUUUUCGAGUGAUAUUGUCGUACACGCCGGUCCGCCGGGUCCGAGAAUAUUAUAGGACGUGGCGAUGACUGUACGGAACCGACGAAUAUUUGUUGAAUUUUUCCCCAGUUUCAUAUCAGUUCGAGAAAAACCAAACAAACAUCAUUAAACACAUUAAUGAAUAUUAUAACACUUUGAAUGUGCGUGAACAUAAGUAUUUAUUUUUGCCGUCGAUUUUACAGCGCUUUCGAAAAAAACUCCGAUCGGUACACCACUGUUUGACAACUCGAAAACCUCGUACACGUUCCAUAUACGUGAACAAAAUAUAUUCUAACUAUUAUUAUUAUUAUGUUAUAAUAUAAAAAUACAUAAUAUUAUAAUGACGUUAUCGACUAAGAGUAUGUACAGUACAAUAGGUAAGCGCGGUGUAAACCGCUCGCGGUUAUCAGCGUUCGCGCUUUUUUCUUUGUCCGCUAAUGGCUGCCGAACGCCACGGUUGUUUUUCGGCCGUCGAUGAACUCGUUGAUCAUGUUAUCGACUGCUUCGUUGUCGUAAUAACUGUAAUUAUUAUUGUUAUUGUUGUUGUGUUUCGUACUGCCGCCACCGUCAAAGGCACGCCGCCACAAAUGCCGUUCGGACCGUUUAACGCGGACCAAUUUUUUCUUGAACGCCUGAAACAAAAUCGCAACCUGUUAGUCCAUAUUAUAAAUAGGCGACAAUAAUAUUAUGAAUUUAUCGUGCGCAGUGUUUGCUGUAUAGCCUUUCGCCAAUUCAGUGUAACCAAUAUUAAAGUAGUAAUAUCAUCGUAGUGUACGCGAUUGCCGGACGUUGGUAAUCACAGCGAUGGCACAAUCAGGAUUUAUCAAAGAGAAGGGAGGGGGAGAAAUACACAUUUUUGAGUAGUAUAUACCUAGAUUAUUAACGAUUCAAUGUUCGUAAUGCUAAAUAUUUCUAAAACACCGAUCUCGACCAAAAAUAAAGAGCGUGUUAAAGAUUUAAAUACUAUAUAAUUUAUAUAUUAUUUUUAUAAAAUGUUCAAUUUGCUUUCGAUACUUAUUAUAAUAUGCAAUGUUCAUAGUGAGCAAUCUGACCUCCGAUUUUCCAAUGCAAAUACAUCUAUAGCAACUUCAUAACCGUAACCAAUACUGGAUACGUCAUCUAUGUGUAUGUUGUGUAGAGCUAAUCCAUUUAAUCUGUUUUUCGAGUUUGUAUUUAUUUUUUCAUGUAUGUUUUAAAACUUUGAAACCAUAAUUAAAAUAUAAUUUCAAAGCCUUUUUUUGUUUGUCGUUAGUAAAAUGUAUUAACGACAAACAAAAAAUUCAAACCAACAUUUUUGUUUAAAUUGAAAUGAUCCAAAAGUCUGGACCCUUAGUCUACCCCAUUAGAUGCACCUGUGAAUUGUGGUGCCAGUGAAAUCGUUAAUGAGCCCCUAAACCCCUUAUAAAUAUAAAGUACUACCCCUCAUCGUGCAUUUUUAAUACGUAUUGUCCAUUGCUACGGUACACGCGUUUAGGCAGUUGAAUUGGCUAAAACUACAUCCCCCACGUCGCGCCGCCCCGGACAUCCAUGAGACUCCUGUCCGACUGGAGUCUGACAAAAUACGUGUAUACUACUUUACUCGAUUAUCAGUUGAUAAGGAACAUGGCUGCUAUCAUUUGUUACCGAUCAAAUGUAAUAAACGAACCAUAGGCGUAUUUUAAUAAUGUAGUUUGAGAAAUCUACAGGUUACUAGUUUAGCGAACAAACUGUUUUGGCGUUAUUGUUUAUCGCAAUACUAUUCGAUAACCGUAUCUUCACAAUUUGCAAAAACCGGGUUGCCCGAAUCGACAAUCAUCAAACUACUGUACGGUUAGUUACUGGUUAUCCAUUGGUAAAAUAUUUUACGGUAAACAAAACGUUUUGGCAGUAAUGUAACCUGGAGUUAGUUACAACAAAAGCUAUUUACCGAAAAAUACUUUACCAAAAUAGCAUUUUAAUGUAUUGAACAAAAUAAUGUCUUUAGUUUUUAAACUCUAAGUGAAAGAUGUUUUGGUUUUACAUAUUAUUAUUAGAGAUUUGAGCUCGGUACAUGUAAAUGUUAUUCUUUUACCGUUCUUAAAAUCGUGUGAUCACUUUAAACGGUUUCACUAGCCUAAUAACUUUUAUUUAUGUUAUUAUUACUUUAUAUAUAUACUGAAUUAGAUGAAUUUAACGAAAAUUGGGCAAGUCCUUAAAUACUGGUGGUAUCACUAAUACCGGAUCCUCUUAACAAAUAGUCGAUGUGGAUAAAAAUGUAGAAAUUUGUAUUAUCCCACGCCAUUUUAAGUUCAAAUCUUUAUUGAAAUUUAUUUUGUAAUUACAAAUUAAUAAAAAUUUUAAUUUUAAUUUAUUAAAACGUAUUUAACUGAAUUUUGCUCAGAAUAGUUGUCUGUUUGCAAUUGUUUGCAAUGUUUUAUCUUCACACACAGUAAACUAAAUUAAUCUACACGUUUUACAUUCCCAACUUCCUCCUACAACAGUAGCCUACUAUUACUACUAAGAACAUAUUAUCGACAUUAUCUACGAUAAUAUACAAAAGACCUGAAAUGGACUAAUUUUAGAUUCUGAGCAUAGCAAGGGAGCUAUUGGUUUUACAAUGAUGUUUAUUUUUGUUUUAUUUUCUUUUAGUGUCCACGAUUCUUCCUAGUAAUCUUUCUCCGUAAAAUUUCACAAUUUCAUUAUUUUAUAAAACAUGAACGACGUUUUCUACCAGAAAAAAUGAUUUAAUCGAAAAAUCACAGAAUACCUAUUUUGUUGCCUUUUUGAUUUACUUUCUUACGGUAUAUUAUACUUAUAUUUAACCUACCUAUACGUGAUAAAAUUUCCAAAAUCAUCGGAUGACUUUUUUUUUUUAAUAGGUGUUUUUACAUUUUAAAUGAAAAUCGCUAAAAAAAUUAGGGCACUAAAAAUUAUAUGUUACCGAACUGCGCUCGAAAUCGUCUUUCAAUGGUCUAUCAUUUCUUACAGAUACAAAUGAAAUAAUCUUGUGUAUCCUAUCUUCCCAAAUUCUCACCUACAACAGUAGCUGCUCCCAUCCCCAGUAUCAGCUCUUUUUUUAUUAUUCUUUUCAUUUUCUUACCAUGCUAAUAAUAUUUCACAAAAAUGUAUUAUAAGUUUAAUAAGUAUAUAACUUUCGUUCACAAUAUAAUUCAGUGGUAAUUCAUUUCGGAUAUCCAAACUUCCGAAAAAAAAUAGAUUUAAUAUUUAACUGAUUUGUACAGAAAGAACCCUAAUAUAUUACUAUGCAUGUAAAUUCCACCGUCCUCUUUUAAAAAUAUACAUUGCAUAAUCAAGACUACAUAACUUGAGUUUUCAUUGUGUAUUUGUGUGUCUAUUUCUCUUGAUAUUGUUGUUCUGUUUCUCAAAAUAAAACAAAUAAUGAAAAUAAGAACGCAUUAUACUAAAUCAUCCUAAAUACCUCCGAAGUCUCAAAUUAAAAUAAAACGUUUAAGAGACAUAAUGAGUAUACAACAAAAAAGCGGGGUUAAUAAAAUGGCUCCCAAACUUAGGUAGUCCAUAUUUUUACCUAUUGCAUUGACUAAAAAAAUGUAAGUAUUGAAUAUUGGUUUCCUCAGCAUUUAUUUUCUCAAUACAUUGGUCAUCAAAAUUGAAUCUAAUAUUUUUAAUGUUUUCUUUAUGUUAAUAUUAUUUUAAAGGUGACAAGGGCUAUAGAUAUUUUGUAAGGAGUGUAACAUUGAUUAUAAUAUUAUACUAUAAUCUAUUUCUGCGUAAUUUAAAAAAACAAUGUCGUGAAAAACUUUCAACGGGCUUCAAUUUUAAACAUUUUUAAGUUAAUAUUUUAUUUUUUGUAAAAUUAAUAAAAUGCUAGGGUUUCUGAAUUAUAAUAAUAAUAAUAUUUACAGGCCAUCUGUAGAUACAUUUAAGUACAAUUACAACAAAAUAAUAGCAAUUUUAAUGACCUAAUUCACCAUUGAUGAUGACCUCUUAUAGGUGAAAUACUGAAAUUUGAGUACUAAUAAUAAUAAUAAUAAUAAUAAAUAUUUAAUCUAGACUCUUAGUCUAUAGUCAAGGGUCUCGAGACAGACCGAGCUGUAAAAUGAUUAUUGGUUUUUAAUUUUAUAAUAUAUUUAAGAUAUUUGGGACAUAUUCGUCGUGAAUACAGCAAAUUAUUGAUUUACGGUUUUUAAAUUUCGUGUACAUAUCGAAUUUCUCAAUCAAUAUAAUAGGCAUAUAUAACACAAAAAGUAUUAUGGCGUUAAAUUAAACGCAUUUAUUCCACAUAAAUAUUAUGUAAUAUAAUUUAUGCCGUGUCAUGGCUAAAUAUAGUUGGAACUCACUACUAAACCAUAAUGAACCGUAUAAUUAGACAAAUGGUUUUAGCGGAUAUUACAAAGCUGACAGACAAAUAAUGUUUGUAGCGCGGUCGAUUUUUCCGGCCGCAGAAACUGAACAAGUUAAAUGUACGAGCACAUGAAACAGUAUUGCCAGUACGUACAUGCUAGUAUAAUAUUAUGUAUAUUGUAUUUAUGACACGAAUUUAUUUUAUUCAUUUUAAAAUUUUAUAAUCCUAUUUAAAAUUAUCAAUUCUUUAAAGUUGUAUAUAUUAUUGAAUCUACUAUCAGCGUUCGUCGCAGUAGAUCGUGUGUUAGCUUAUCUAUAUUUAUACUUUAGAUUAAUUUAAUUUAAUAAUUAAUUAUUUGCAUUUAAUAAAAUUAUAAAAAUGUUGAACUAUUCUAAGUGCAGACAAUAUAUAAUUUCAAGUAAAUGAAAUUGUUUGCUCCCAGUGCAAACAAAAACUUCUACUAUAUGUGUGAAGGAGUAACCGAGUUGGCUUUUAAAAUACAAUCUAAAAACAUAAGAAAUAAAUGGGUUUUUUCUGCCUGUAAAUAUAAUUGAAAAAAUACAAAAAUAUAUAAAUAACAAGUCUGCAGAGCUCUCAAUACAAUAUCUUCUUAACUCCGAAAAGUUCAUGGGGCAAAAAUUUGAUUACUUCAAUGAAACAGUCAAUAAAAUACUUGAAGAAAUGAAGGAAAUACGUAAAGAGAAUGUAAAAGCUAAUGGCGUAAACAAAAAGCUUAAUCAAGGGUUAUAUAAUCUCAAAUAUCGAUUAGACGAUAUGGACCAAAAUAAUCUUAAAUCUACUAUAGAAAUAGUGGGCAUCCCAACUGUAGCUAAUGAGAAAUGCAUAGAUAGUUAUUAAUAAAGAAAAAAUAUUAAAUACAGUCAUUAAUUUUGAAGAAACUUAUCACGUACCUAUAACGUAUAACAGUAAAUGGUGAAAAAAAAUUAUAGCUAAACUUACACAGCCUGGUAUGAAAAAGGCAAUCAUAGCCAAAUGUAAAGGUUAUAAAACUCUAAAUCUUUCCAACAUUAAUGAGAGGUGGUCUAAAGUAAACCAUCUAUAUAUUAAUAAUAAUCUUACUAAAGAAACAACAAAAGAAAAGGGUUUUAAAUACAUAUAAAUAAACGAGAAUUCAGAUAUCCUUAUACGAAAAGAUGAAAAACAAAGAUAUGCAAAAUUCACUCUGAACUCGAUCAUUCUUUGCUUUAAUAAUACACAUGUAUAGGUAACUUAUUUAAAAUAACGAAAUCGUGAAAAAAAAAAUUUGUUUUUCCAAUUAAUCGCUUUAUUUUAAAUACCGUUUUGCAAAUCAAAAAGUGAGCUAUGUUUUUACCAAAUAAAUAAAAUUUCCUUUCAGAAAAGGUGCUAUACUUAUACAUCAGAGCAAGUUUUUUAGAAUAAAAAUGGUUUACGGUAUAAUAGAAAAAAUGAGCUAAUACUGGGGAUAGGAGCGGCCACUGUUGUAGGUGAAAAGUUGGGAAGAUAGGAUACACAAGGUUAUUUCAUUUAUAUCUGUAAGCAAUGAUAAACCAUUGUUUGACGAAAGACCAUUCCGAGCACAGUUCGGUAGUACAAAAUUUUAAGUGCCCUAAUUUUUUUAGCGAUUUUCGUUUAAAAUUUAAUUUAAAAACACUUACUAAAAAAAAAAAAGUCAUUUGAUUUUGGAAAUUUGAUCACGUCUAGGUAAGUCCAAUAGAAGUAUAAUAUAGAAAUAUUGUUAUCAAGUUUCAAGUCUCUACGUGUAUUUAUAAACGAAUUACAGCAAAAAAACUCCCAAAAAUUAAAAUUCCUGAAAUGCUCAAACGUUUUGGUAAUGACACCGUAAGAAAGUAAAUCAAAAAGGCAACAAAAAGAUGUGAUUUUUAUAAAAUAAUGAAAUCGUGAAAUUGUACGUUUUCCUACGUUUUUUCUCACUUAAGUGAUUUUAUUUAAAAAAUGGCGUCGAAAAUCAAAAAAUUACCUAAAAAAAUUAGCAAGUUUACUAGGAAAAAACGUAUCUACAAAUUAGAACAAAGAAUAAAGAAGAAAAAAAUAUAUACAGCAAUGUAAAACCUCUCUCGUUACGCUUGGAAUCUAAAAUAAUUACCUUUUAUGUCAACAACGCAUUAAUCUUAGAAUCUUCAAUCUCUGACCGUUUCCCUACCUUUAUACAAAUAAUUCCUAAAACUAUUGUGAAAAAAUCAAUUAAGAGCAUAGUAAAAACAUUUUAAGUACAGAAAUCUUUCAAUAAAAACAUCUCCAAACAACUAUUAAAAAAUGAACAAUGGAUAAAUAUAAUUAAUUUAAAUUCUACUGACAAUACACUUGAUUCAUACAGUAAUAGAUUAAAAGAAAUAAUCUAAAAAGCUAAAAUAAACACGAUUCUCAACAAAAUAUUUCAAAUAAAACCCUAGGUUUCAAAAGAUAUACUAAAUAAGAUAAGAGAAAGAGAUUACUACAUUCAUAGUCCAGAAAAAAAAACCAUAUAAUCUAGCCCUAAAAUAAAUAUUUAUGAAAUAUAGAAAUCAUUUAAAUAACACUUUAUAUAAAACAAAAUCUGAAUUUUAUAGUGAUAAAAUAAAAAAAUGCAAUAAUGACCCGAAACAUAUAUGGAAAACUAUUAAAGAAGCCACCAAGGAACAAUUUAAUAUUACGAAUAAAACGUUAUGAAUAGAAAUAAAUGAGAUUAAGUAAACGAAUGAAACCUAUCCUUCCAUAAUAGUGGAACACUUUAAUGAUUAUUUUGCUAAAAUAACCUUCAAAGACAUAAAUAACACGACCCAUUAUGUAAAUUCAUUAUACAAUACAAAUGUCCUGUAAUAAAUAGAGUUAACAAUACGAAAUACUUAGGCGUUACAUUCGACCAACAUAUGCGUUGGAAUAAUCAUAUUUCAGAAUUAAACUUGAAAUUACGUAGAUUAUAAUAUGGCAAAACAAUUUUUAAAUCUACAUAGGUUAAAAAAUACAUACUUUGUUUUAUCACAAUCAAUAAUAGAAUAUGGUAUAGAUGUAUGGGAAGAGGCUGCACAUAAAUAUAUAUAUCCGGCAUUCAGGUAGCACAGAGCACAUCUCUAAAAAUUAUAUAUCGUAAUUCUAAGCUUAGUAGUAACACUCAGAAACGAAAAUAUUAUCCGUAAAAAAAAAUAUAUUAUAAAAAAACUUUAUACUACUUACAUAAAAUAAUUUACCUCAGAUGGCGAUCCACAAUAAAUUAUAACACGAGAUCCGAAAACCCAGUUUUUCCCAAAAUAAACACCGCGAAAUUUUAUAAUAGCUAUUUAAUAACUGGAUUAAGAAUAUAUAAAAAGCUCCCUACGGAAAUAAAAAAUUAUCAGCAAUUUGCAAUUUUAUGUUGUUAGUAAAGAGAUGGUUGAUGAAAGAUGAAUUAAUGUUGUGAAAUAAUUGUAUGAAUACUAUACAUUUUAUUAUCAUAUACAUUUUUAUUUAUUACUUUCAAUUCUAUAAUUAUAUUCUUCAUUUAUUUUAAUUAUGUAUUAUUAAAAUUAUUAUUAUUAUUAUUAUUUUUAUAUUAUCUCGUUUUAUAUUUGAUGCAACUUUAAUUAUUUUUUAGAGACUAGCGUCUAUCCAAUCAAGGUUUUUAUCCUUAGUGAUAAACGUUGCAGUGCAAUACUAAUAUAUUAUGCAAUAUUACAAUAUUGUAAACAUUAAUACUGCUAAAAUAAAAUAAACCUAUUAUAUUAUUAUAUACUAUGUUUAGCGUAUAUAUGCAGUUAUACGAACUAUGAUUACCGGGUUUUAAAACUUGUAUGUUUUUAUUGAGUUUAUCAUCAGCCAUUUACUAUAUAGGGGUUCCAAGAAGGUAUACCCAUUGUAAUAUCACUGGUGAUAAUAAAAAUAAUCAAAUUAUUUUUUUUUAUAUUAAAAGGGUGAUGACUACAAAUGUUUAUGUUCCAAUUAUUUUUUUAUGUUAUUUUUUUGUAAAAAUUUUAAAAAAUAACUUAUUUUAUUAUUGUCAAAAUUUGAAGACAACUAUUUUAUAGAGUUUAUUCUUCUGAAUAUUUUGACGUUUCAAUUUUUUUUUUUAAUAAAAUUCGUGAUUUUUAAUAAUUUUUUUAAGUUCAGAGAAAAGUACUUAUAACUAUUUUAUUAUUUUAAAUUUUUAAGAUUAUAUAUUUUUACCAGUAACCUAUGUCCAAAUUUCAAGAAUAUAGUAUUUUCAAAAAAAAAAAUGUUAUCUAGUUUUUGACUCGAUUCUCAAAGAAUUGACAAGAAAGUCAUUGUUUAAUGUUUCGUAUAGUUUUCUUAAUAAUUGCGAAAAACCAGGAAAAAACAUAGGAAAUGGGGCAAAGUGUACAAUAUUUGGGUAUUUUUUUGUUAUUCGGUUAAAAAUUAUUUUAGAAACCUGUUGUUUUCACAAAAUACUAACAUUGGCAUUUUAUAAACGGUAAAAUUUUAAAAACAUUCUAGCUAUUUUUAGGUAGGUAUUUGAUAUUUUCAUAUUUUAUAAGUAUUUUUAUUCGGUAUAGGUAUCGGUUAUUAAAAUUAUACGGCUUAAUGGAAAUGCUUCAAUAUUUAACAAUCUAAAACUACAGUUACUAUUGUAUCAUUAAAAAAAUUUCGACACGCAGUAAUUAUUAAUUUAAAAAUAUGAUAUAGAUUACUCUUUAGUUUACUUGGGGUACCAACUUUAACUAUAUAUAUAUAUAUCAUUUAAUAAUUGAUCUUAAUCAUUAUACCCGCACACUUAGAUUACCAAUGAAACGUAUAUUGCAGUUGGUUCUUGAUACCUACCUCACAAUUAAAGUAGUAAACAGGAUAUAUACCCAUACAAAUUUAAAAGUAUUAAAUGUGAAGGAUUAUAGUAAAACAUUUUCACCUAAUAUGCAGUCUUAUCGAUAAAUUUAACAUAAUAAUAAUGUAUAACUAUGAUGCUAUACAUUUUAAGGGAACUACGUUUAUUUUUCAGUCGAAUAACCAAUCUAUAUACUGUAAAUUGUUGUGCAUUUUUUUUUUUAUGUUUAAUUUAUUCACUACUUUAGUUGAGAUAAAAAUUAAUUUGCUUUAUGUAUUCUACCUUUCCAACGUCUCACUUACGACAGUGACACAUCCACCAGCAGUAUCAAUUCUUUUUUAUUUUCGCAUCAUUUUCAACAUUUUACGUAUCGUAUUAAACCCAUAGAACAUAAACGAGUUUAAUUUUAAAGAAAAUAUAUGUAAUACAAAAAUUCAUUGUUUAAAAUAAUAUUAUAUUUGACAGUAACAAUACAAAUUCGAAUGCCCCAUUUUUUUUUUUAUGUUAUAUAAGUACCUAAUGAAUAAAUAAGACGUGCAUAUGUACAUCACCACAUAUUCUCUUGAGUGAAUACAAUUUUAAAGCAGUAAAGUUUUUUAAUCAGACAAAAAAUAUAAAUAGAAUAUCUUUGGUUAUAUCAAAUAUAAUUGGUUAGGGAUUUCAGUAAAAAUGAAAACAGUAUCCAUGAACAAUUUAUCAAAUUGUUAACAAUAUGGUUUCAAUAUAAAACAGUGUAAAACUUAUUGUAUUGUGUAGGUAUGUAUUAUUAUUUUUACAUGUAAUGUUUUCAAUCUACUUACAUAAUACUAUUAUAGUACUAUAUAAGUAUAUUAGUAAAUAUGUUAAAUAACGUUGUACAAAAUGUAAUGCAACAUCCUUUGUAUUUCUAAUUUAUUUAUCUUAACCUAUAAUUAUAUAAAAUUAAGCGUAUAUGUAUAAUAACUAAUAAGUUUGUAUGUUUUGGAUUCUGAGUGCAACAAGGAAUCUGUUGGGUUUACUAUGAUGUGUGUUUUUUGAAUUUAUUUUGGAUCUAUGAAAACAUUUUUACCGGAAAUUUCACUCCUUACUUAAAAAUUGAGUUACCAUCUUUUCUGAAAACUUAUUUUAUCUAUAGUUAGUGCACAGCGGGAAAACAUGAAAGUUUACGGCGAUAACGAAUACUUUAUUUUCUAUUUUGUUCUUUUUGUUGUAAUUCGGUUAAAAACAAUCACAAAGAAUAUUCACAGAAUGCUUGUAUUAAGCUUUUAUAGAUGUGGUAACAAUUUUUUAUUAAUUUUAGGGUAAUUUUGAUGACACGAAUGAAAUAAAAAAUGUAUUAUUUAAUUUAGUUUUUACUUGUCAUAGACAAGGAAGUGUCCUUUUAAAAGAUAUUAAACUAUUAAAGAGUUAGAAGAAUAUUUGAGAUUAAUAAAUUAACAAACAACUACUAGUAAUUUUAGGUUGACAACCUUAUUUUAAGUCAAUGGAAGAAAGUAAUAUUUUUAUCCUAAUAUGUCAAUAAGGACACAGAAAUAGCUGAGUAACAAGUAAAACAUAAAUGGUUGCCAAGGUUCGAUUUUUACGAUUUUAAAAUCAAAAAAAGAUGAUUUUAUUUAUUUAUUUAUUUGACGUCGUGUGGCAAUUGACUUAUUGUACAAUUUAUAAUAAAUUUAUAACGUUUAUUGAUGUAUACAAAUAGAAUUCGUUUAACCUUAAUCAGUUGUAAUUGGAAAGUUCAAGUUAUGGCAAUGGAAAUUUAACAUGAAUGAUACGUCAAAUAAUGUAAUUGAUGCAUUUAAUAUUAUAUAUGCUAUAAAGCAGUGUUUCUCGACUGAUGUUUCACAGAACCCAAAGGUUCCGUAAACCAGCGUCAAGGAUGCCAUGAGGAAUUUGGGAAAAAAUAAAAUAGUAAAUAACAUUUUCAAUUUGUUUAUUUUUUAUAAUUCAAGUUCUAGAAUGCCAUGGAAAGUGAUUAUCUAAAAAACAUUUUGCCGAAGUCUCAAACUGCCCACUCAUUUGAAUAUCCAAAAAAUAUGUCUUCGUUAUGUGGUUAUGAAAAAAAAUAAGGGUUCCACCAAAUAUAUAAGUUCCCGAAAAAGUUCCGUGAGUAAAAUAAAUUGGGAAACACUACUAUAAAGACAUGAAUCCUAGUAUACUAAAAUCACUUCAACUUCAAGCAAUAAUCCCGGUAUUAAUUUCAUUAAAUAAAACAUUUCCGAAAUUAAAGUUAUUAGAAACAUUCUUACGUAAUACAUUAUUGCCUACAUACCUGCGUCUAAUUAAAAAACAAAUUUACAGUCAAAUAUGAACGCGAUUUAAUCCGGUCGACCUGUUAUAAAAUAUUAUUGUGUUCCGUAUUUCAAUUAAAAUUACGAAAUAAAAGCCAUCAAAAACUCAGGGGUGCAAUAAACGAACGCAAACAAACAUAUUAUUAUUAUAUAUAGCUAGGUACGGUCAAUGAGAAAAAGGGUUUUAGGUACCAAAGCUCAUCACUGCGUACCCUUAUGUAGUUCUGUAGGGUAUUUUAUAACGAAAAAUUAUUACACUAUGUAUUUUAGAGAAUUGUGUAUAGGUACACUCGAUAAAACAUAAUUUAUUUUUGUUCUUUUAUGAUUCAUAAUAAUAUACUCUUGCCAUACAAAUUAGAUACUACUCAUAUGUAAGCAUGAAUGUCGUAAGAUAAAACAAAUUAGAAGAUGAGUAAAUACACGAACAAAUCGUAAAAUUUAGACGUUUUAGAUCAAUAGCGAAUACGAAUAAGAAUUUCACAUAUCUGAAAUAUUAGCCUACAGAAAGACUAUUAACAAUAUUCACUUUGAUAGAACGCCGUAAAUAGUCGAAAAUUCAUUUUUACAGGGUAUAAACGCCGUAUGUAUUGUGAAGAUGCGAGAUUUUUGCUUAGUAUACAAUAAAAAUAAUAAUAAUUUGUGGUGUUUAUGCUAAGUACAAAUUGUGGUUUUGCUUACCGUAAUGUAGCACGUGUGAAAUAUAUUCCCAACCAAUAAUUAUCAAAAUAUAAUAAUAGUAAUAAUAUAAAUUAUACAAAUAUUUAUAAUAUAAAAAGUUGGUUAGAUUCUUCAGAAUUUAUUUAUUUUUAUUUCGUUGCAUUUAUCAGGUAACAUUUUAUAUGAAAAUCCAUAUUUUAUAAGAAGUAAAAUUUAUGUAUCAUGCAUUUUAGAAAAUGUAAAAUAUAAAAAUAUGUUUUACUCAAAAACCUUCUCAAGUGAUUUACGGCGUUCUUGUAUACGGUCAGAAUUAUAAAAUAACCAAUUUUUUACUAAAAAAGUUCUAAUUUUUCUUUUUCUGCUUCUCCUUCAUCACAAUUAUUUGAAGUCGGCCACACUCAUCUUAAACUUUCAAUUGAUCCGAACCCCUCCAUCGUCCUUGCAAACACCCAUCGUGCCUCAUAUUAUUUUCAAUAGCAUCCAACCACCUAUUUUUCGGUUUUCUUCGCCUUCUCUUUCUUCCUACGUUUAUUAAAUUCUGAGCAGAACGAGGAAUGUACUAUUGGUUUUACAAUGAUGUUUAUUAUAUUUUUUAUCUGUGAACAACUUUUUUAUAAACUUUCUACUUUUCUCCGUCAAACUCCAAACGAACUCCAAACGGUGUUAAUUAUGUAUGUUAUAAUAACAGCAGUACAGCAUUGUAUAAUAUAAUAUAAUAUACAUAAUAUAAAUGUAAGUACUUCAUUUUACAAAAUGAUCAUUGUAAAAAUAAAAGUAUUUCAAUAAGUUUCCCCAUAUAAGUAUUAUUUAAUACAUAUAUGAAAUAUUUUAACCAUAGACGUGCGCACGUAGUAUGCAAGGUAUGCCGUUGCAUAGUCUGCAUCAUUGGGUAGGUGCAUAACAUUUUUCAUUACAUAGAUACUUAAAAUGAUGUCAGCGCAUUAUUUGUUUUUCCCCUAUGGCCCAGACGCAAUAUAAUAAAUUUGCGUCCAGCAGAAUCAGACUUGUAUUAUUAGAUUAAGUAUUAGAGUGAAUUAAUCUUUUAUCAAACUUAAAAUUCAGAACAUUAUCCGUGGUUGUAUGUUAGUAUUCUUAUGAUAUUUAAAUUUUUAUACAGUAUGUAAAUAUUAAAAUUUAAAAAUGUUUACAUCUCGUUUUUAAAUUAAAUAUCGUAAAAAAAAUAACCUAUAAAUACGUAAAUAUUACUGAACUUGAAUUUUGAUAAUAGGUCAAUUCACUCUAAUAUUUAAGCAAACAACUCAAGUUUGGCUCUGUUGAACAUAAAUUUGCGUUUAGGUCAGAAAAAAAAACUAAAUAAACGCUAAAUAAAUCUUCAGUUAUACUAUGAAAACUUAGUUUUAAAUUAGGUAACAAGUAAAUUAUUUAGGUUUACAUGAAAUUUUUAUGUAUCAAUUUAGUUAUAAAAUAUACCAAAAAUCCAGUUAUAUUAAAUAUGUACCUAUAUUUAUUAUCUUUAUAUAAUAGAUAUAUGUGUAUCAAAGUAUUAUAUACGAGAAGACAACUCAGAUAAAAUACUGCUUUAUAUAGGUUUACUAAAUAAACGGUCAGUUAAACUAAUAUAAGGAAAAUUCUGGUCCAAACGGGUUGUGUUUCAGAAAAAUUGGUCCAAACAAGUCUUGCUUGGCCCGAUUAUAUUUUAUUAUAUUUUUCUGUAAUUGUAUAACCUGUAGAUGAAAUCUGCGCGCGCUUAUAAUUUUAACAUUAGAAAUUGCAAGUAUUCAGUAUUAUAGAUUAUUUACGAUAAAUUUCCGUAAAAUCGCACUCAUCGCGUACUGCGAUUUUAUACUAAACCUUACGCCUAAUACCUACCAAUAAACCCACGACAAAGUCAAUAUAUAGGUAUAUAAAGAUUAUAUUAACCUACAAAACCAACUAUAUGAUAUAUAUAUACACAUAUAUACAGGGUGUCCAACGAAGAUACCCAUUGCAAUAUUUGAUGCCUGAGAUGCCUAAUAUAGAUAAUCAAAGUUUGUUUUUUUUUAUUUUAAUAAAAAUUACCUAAAUGUAUGCAGCAGGCUGUAAUCACAUUUGUUUAUUGAUUAUUAUUAUGGCUAAUUGACUGUAUUUGUAUUGUGUUUCUUUGAACUUAAAUAAUUAUUAAAAAUCACGAUUUUAAUAGAACUAAAAAGAUGAUAUGUUAAAAUGUUCAAAAGAAUAAACUCUAUAAAAUGGCUUUUUUCAAUUUUAUAAAAAAUAAUAAUAAAAUUAAAAGUUAUUUUUUUAAGUUUUUCUACCAAAAUAAGAAAUUAAUUGAAAUCUUAAUAUCUGUAGUCUUUACUCUUGUGAAUAAUAUAAAAACAAAAAAAAAACAGGAUUUGAUUAACUUUAUUGUUUCCGGAGAUAUUGCAAUGGGUAUAUCUUCGUGGGACACCCUGAAUAUUUAAUAUAUAUAUAUAUAUAUAUAUAUAUAUAUUUAUAUAGAUAUUUUCAUCUUAUCGAGUAUUAUUAUUGGUCCCUAUGAUAACAUAUAUAUAUAUUAAUAUAAACACUUCUUUUAUUGAAAACUUCUUUUCCAAUUCUCCGGACGACUGUCUUAUUAUUUUUCUACCGUCUGACUGAGCUCUCCUAUAUAUAUUAUUAUAUUCACGCCGCGCAGCCAAUAACGCAUAUAUCCAAAUACUGAAAUACAUCUAAGUCACGUACUAUUCGUAACGCAAAACCGUUCCCGGAUUCGACCGUUUCAAUUGCAUCGCGUACCUAUACCAUAUAUAAAGGACACAUUUUUAAUUGAAACUCGUACGUUCGUCUCUAUACCCAGACGCGGCUGGAUUAAAAUUCGUAUAUAGUAAACACUUGUAAAGACUCGUCACGAUUGCAUUUUCCGUAUCUUAAAUGUUUCUGACGGGCAAUGUGGCGCAAAAUAAUGUGUUCACGGUGUCGCUCACGUAAAACAAACAAAAAGAUCUUUAGAAUAGAUUUUAGAAAUAAAACACGUUAUGUUAUAAAAUAUGUACAUGUUUAAAAUGUACACAACCACAUCGGCGCAUUUUACAAUUCACUAAAUAUUCAAUUUACUAUCGAACGUACAUAAUAUCGUGUAUAACCUUUUUUGAUAAAAAAUAAUAACUAUUUUUUUUUAAAUUAAUAUUUAAAAAAAAGUCAGUGAGGUUGUUUAUAAAAAUGCAUACGUUACCCAGGCAUUUUAUUAUUGGCGUUUUAUCUUUAAAAAAAAGUUUCAAAGGUUUUUCGUUUGUUUUACGUAAGCAAAUUAAUUUUGUUAUAUUUCUAGGUAAUAGAAAGGCAGGCACGACAAAUUAAAUUAAGCGCAUAAAGGAUUGUGUAUCACGUUUUGUACCAUGGUUAUUCCUAAUACCCUAAUGUCUUUAAUGGAAAACGAUAAAUUUGUAACCCACCAAGAAAAAAUUGUUCUCUUUAUGACCCGUGGCAAAAAAAGUUUAUUGGCACCACUGGUGUUUCCUAUAAUGAGUAUAAUGUGAGGCACCUAUAUUAUACAGCGUCUAGCAAAUCACUUAAAAUAAGAUCAUUUAUAGGUAACAAUAAUAAUAAUGAUAAUAAUCGGCACUCACCAUGGCGUAUUUUUUGCAAAAUCCAACUACGGACAAUAACGCGGUCAUCGUGCUGCACCGGCUCCGGAUAACCAACUGAUACCGAGCAUGGUCGUUGGGGGCGACCCUCUGUUAUUAUACUACGGUCAUGUUUCUAUACCGGAGUGGGUGGGGGGAAGGGCGUGCACAACGGUAUAAUAUCAGUUCUCACGGGAGAGAAACGCGACGGUUUCGCACGUGUCCGGAGAAAAAAUAAAAGGGGCACCGGCGACGUACGUGGGAACCAAUGCCCGGGACACGUGCCACGAUCAAAUAUAAUAAUAUAUUUUAAUAAUAUUAUAACAAUAACUGGCAAUGUUGUAUACACGUACGUAAAGUUUUUCGUCCCCGUGAAAAAUCGUCUCCGUCACUAUAUUGAAUUUCCCUUUCGCGACCGCCGCCAUUUUUCAUCGCAACCCAAUCCCAUACCCGAUUACAAUAUUAUCAUCAUAUGUGUGUACGUAUAAUAUUUUAUUCGAUUAAUUUGUUUAAUUCGUUUAUAUAAUGUAUUAUAUCGGGCCGGGUGUUUUUAGUAUAGAAAAACAGAGAAUAUUAUUAUUAUAUUAAUAUUGUUGUUUGCGAAACGUCCCAUACCUAAUCCGUUUAAAACAACCCGACGGACAAUCCAAAUCGUCUACUGACCCAUGAGUCUUGUAUAUAUUUGUAUAAUGUGCUGCACAAGUACUAUUUUUUUACUCUAUUAUUAUUAAUGUAUAAUAAUAAAAAAAUAAAAACUUCAAAGUCAUAAUACUCCACAUACUAUUGUAACGUGGCCCAUUCGUUUUAUGUUCAACGCAUUAACAUCGAUGUUUUAUCGAUAUUAUUAUUAUUUUCUUUAUCGAAACUCACUUUUUAUACAACGUUUUCGUCGCGUCAUUGCAAUCAAGCAUAAUAUAGUAUAUACAAGAGUAUGUAUCACACUAUAUACGACUAAGUGCGCGCGUAAAAAAUUGUCAGGUCAUUCGUCUACAUAAUAAUAUUAUAUAGUAACAAUAAUAUUAUUAUUAACAUUAUAUGGAAACUAUAAUAUUGUGCUACACACAUAAUAUUAUAAUAAUGCAGUGGUCCAAAAGUAAUGCCGUUUAUAUUGUACAUUUAUGAUGACAUGUGUUAUGUGGAUGUAUGUAUAGUUUCUUUUUUUACAUUUUUUUCGGUAAAACAGAAUGACAAAACUUCCGUUAUUGUCGCGCAAAUACAUUUAUAAUAAUAAACUCAAUCGGCUGUGUGUAUACAUAAUAAUAGCAAUUUAUUUUAACAUAUCAUUUGUCAUAUAGAGUAUAACACUAGUACUCUCGCAUGAUGCACAGGCAGAGAAAAUAUUAUUAUCGACCUAGUAAAAAUAAUUUAGUUUUUUUUUUAACAAUAUAAUUAUUAUCUAUAGUUAUGUAAUUGAUGGAUAUCGGAUAAGUGGCUAUAUUAUUAUAGAUAAGUAUCUACAAUACCUAUACACUAUUAUUACUUACUCGAUAUAUAACUUAUUCCAUAUACAGGCUAAUAAUAUUAGAUAGGUGGAUAGACCGUAUCUAUGUAUGAUAGUAUGUCCAUUCAUAUUUUUAUAUGUAUUUUACAAUUUAGAUGAUGAUUGUAGCAAGAAAUGUAUUGGUUUUACUAUAAAAUGACGUUGUGCGCACUAUUUUAUUUAUUCUGUUUGUUAAUGAAUUUUCUACCAGAAGUUUCUCUCCGUUCAUCAACAUUAGCGGUAGUUUAUGGUUUAAUGUCAAAUUUUGUUGAGCUGAUGCAUUGGACAAAUCAUUUAAAUCCCGUUGUAGUUUUUUUAAUAACGGAGAGGUAGACUCGGUAUAUUAACGCAAUAACGGUUUCUGUUGUUAAUUUAAAAUUUGGUUUUCUUGUUGUUAUUCGAUGAUAAAUAAUCGCAUAAAUCUGAAACUUCUACUUUAUAAAAGUGGUACAAAUAUUCUGGCAUUUUCGAGUUAUUUAUAACUGUUUGAAUUUGUCGAGUUUUGUUAGUUUAAUUACAUGAAUAAACAUAAUGUAAUUUAUUUUUACCGGUUUUUUUUAAGUUAGAAUUUAUAUUACAAUUUGUAUUAUAAUCACAAUAACUGUAAUUUAUAUUAUAAAAUUUCAAAUUAAUAAUACAUUUUCAAUUUAUCAAAACAUGCAGUUUACCUAACCGAACCCCGCUCAAAAUCGUUUAUCGUUUAUUUAUCGUUGCAUGUAUAUAUAUAUAUAUAUAUAUAUAUAUAAACUAGUUGUCCCACGCACGGCAUUGCCGGUGCCAAUUUUUAUUAUUAUUACUUUACCCAUAUUCAUUUUUGGUUUGGCCAUGCCAGAAUUUAAUGAAAAUAAAUAGGUGGAAAGUGAAUAGUCCACCUUCGGCGUUCUAUUGUGAAAUUUCAAUAGUGUAAAUAAUAGUAAUAACAAUAACUAUAACAGUUUUCUUUUCCGUAACACUAAGGUAACCCUUGAAUAAACAAAAAUAAAUAAAUAGAUAACUAGAUAUUCAUACCAAAUAUACCUAAAAAUCCCUAUUUUACCCCCUUAGGGAUUGAGUUUUCAAAAAUACUCUCUUAGCGGAUGUCUACGUGAUAAUAGCUAUUUUUGUGCUAAAUUUCAGCCCAAUCUGUCCAGUGGUUUGGGCUAGGCGAUAAUGAAUCAGCCAGUCAGGUCAUGUUAAUUUAUAUAUAUAAAUAGAUAAUCAUUAAUCACAAUGUCCUAUGUAUACAUAAUAUGAUCCUAUAUUUUCAACUUUUUAUUUUAUUCGCGCUUAAAUUGAAAACCGGAAAUGAACAUAUUAUUUUAAUCUUGUUGAUUAUUUUUCUAAACAGAACAUUUUCGAAUACAUAAUAAAUCAUCUCAUAAAUUUGAAUAUGUAUUUUUAAUCUACCAAAUUGUUUUUCCUCGACCUCCUUGUCGAGAUCGUUGGUAUAAUGGUUUAUAUAAAUGAAAAACACAGGGAAAAACAUUACUCGUAUACAUAGUUAUCGUUAUUAUUUUUUAGGUUAUAAAUUAUAUAAUGUUCCAAAACAGCUUUUUCUCGGAAUUUAAAUUAUUUUAUAUUUUAUAAGAAUAUAAAAUAUAAUUGUUUAGAUUCUGAGUGUAGAAAAAAAGUUAUUAGUAUCGUUAUAAGACGUGUGUAUUUUCUCGGAAAACGAGGGGAAACCACGACUAAUACUACUCUGCUCAGGGUCGUUUUUCGUUAGAGAUUAUUUAUCGUUGCAUACACUAAAUUACCCUGCAUGUAACUACCCGCCUACAAUAGGACUCAACCCGUGAAAAAUAUCAACUUUUUAUAUUUUAUAACAAUUUAUACCUACCAUCUGCACCCUUUCAUUAAUUUUAUUGUAUACGAUAAAAUCUAUAUAUAUAUAAAAUCCAAAUACCACUGACUCACUAAUCGCUGUAACUCAAAAAUUACUCAACGUACGUACUUGAAAUUUAGAAUAGUGGUUCUUCUAAUAUUUUCUCCGUUAUAUAAUAAAGGAUUUUUGAAAAUUCAACUUCUAAGGUGGUAAAAUAGGGAUCUUUAGGUAUAUUUGGUACGAAUAUCUAAUUGCUUAUUCAUUUAUUUUUGUUUAUUCAAGGGUUACCUUGGUGUUACGGAAAAGAAAACUAUUAUAAUUAUUAUUAUCAUUAUCACUAUUAUUUGCACUAUUAAAAUUUCACAAUAGAACACAUUUAAUCCGCCAAAGGUGGAUUACCCACUUCCACUUAUUUGUUUUCAUUCAAUUUUGACACAGCCAAAAUCAAAAAUUAAUAAGGGUAAAAUAAUAAUAAAAUUAUGUUAUUAUUAAAUAAAAUUGUUAUUAUAUAAUAAUAAAAAUUGGCACGGGCAACACUGGGCGCGGGACAGCUAGUAUAUUUAUAAUUAUGUAUGUAUAUUUUUUUAAAUAUAUGCUAUGUUAUAUAAUUGGAAUAAAUUCGUCUGAUAUCGUUUAAUAGAUUUACAAAUGAAAAUGUAAAAAUUAGUCACACUGUAUUUUGUACGGCAUGCGCACACAAUAUAAUCCUAACAUCAUAAUAAUAAUAUAUAUCAACCAUAAUAUAUUCAUGUAGAUGUUUUUUUACGCUUUAAAAUUACGGUCGGGGUAAAUGUCGAAGGGAGAAAGGUAUUGAUUCCAUUUGGAUUUUUGAAUUUUAAUUCACUUGACAUUGUUUUUUUUUUUCAUCUGGCACUUGUCCACAAUUCGCGGACACGGUCCACCGGACCCUUAUCCGCUAUAUGUACGUCCACGUGUGCAGCGUGGAUCCCUUUUCAAAGUUUAAUAAUAAUUAUUAUUAUCGAAUGUAAUAUAAUAAUAAUAACAAUAAUAACAAUUGGACAAUCAUAACUCGAAAUGUUAUUUUGACCGAUUUUAAAUGCAUUGUUCUGCGCGAGGCCCGUGUUUUUCACAUUCAAAUGAUGAAUGGACACGACCGAAACGAAUUUACUUAUGUCGUAAAGGUCCUAAUCCCGGAACAGGAAACUGACAUUUAUAUUAUUUUAAACUCCAUAACCGCGGAAUUUGGCGAUAUUUAUGUCGAUAUUAAAUAUAAAGGGUGCCUGCAAAUAUAACGCAGCAGGGAUUCAAUUGAAAUCGUGAUUUUUACCCUAAAAUAUAUGGUUUAAAAAAUAAAGCAUUAUUUUUAUACAUUACAAUAAUAAUCAAAUUUUCAAUAUCCAUUAUAAUAAUAUACAAAUGUUAUUGUGAAACAUUUGUUGUUUUUUUUAUUUCAGAUAAUCAAAUUUACGAGUAUAGCUGUACUGCUUUUAUGAUAAUAAUAUGAUACAUAAUUAUAUAGUAUACAUAUAUAAUAUAUAUGUAUAUUAUUUAUCGAUCGGGAUAAAAUUUAUAAAACAAAUGCAACUUGGCAAUACUUAUAAUAAAUAUUUAAAUCGAAACAUUAUUUCAUAACACUAACACGAAAAAUGUAUACGGUAUUUGCACAUUAUAUUUGUUGUGAUUUUGGACAUUUUUGGAUUUCAUUAUACAUUUUUAUAAUAUAAAAGGGUGUUUACAGAGUAAUAAAAUAAUAUACGUUAACGUAAAACGAUAAGGCACAUAUGUACUGAAAAUCGUAUACCUAGUUGAAUUAUACCGCAACUAGGUAAGAUAGGUUUAGAUACUUUAACUCUCUAAACAAAAUUUAAGAAGUUUUUCAUCAAUGUAAUACUUAUACUAUACUAAUAGUUAUACUACCUAUAUUUUUAAUUAUAUAUUAUCUCCUUCUAACAGUCAGCUCACUACUGUAUCUUCCUUGGAGAAUUUUGAUUAAACAUCAAAAUUAUUAAUGUCUUCUUUUGUAUUUAUAUUAUCCAUGGUUAACUUAUUGAGUAUAUAUUCUGUCAUAGCGCUCCUCCAUGUAUGCGCUUUUAUACAGUAAAAAACCUUCUUUCAGGAGCGGAAGAAAUAACUGGAAACGUAGUUAACACUCAAAGCAUAUAAUAGUGUACAUACUUAAUCACGAUCCAUAAGGGGGGGAGGCUACAGCUCCCUAAGCCUCUUAAGCUCACCCUUCUUGGCUACGUCCCUGUUGCUAAAUAUUAUAAAAUACUUAGGUACACUAUUAUAAACGUUACCUACUUUGUAUGAAGUUUAUAACAAGCGUCAUUAAUUUUAAAUUCAAAAUCCCUGAGGAUACAGGAUAUUUCAUCUAUAGAUAAACACGUAGUAUAUCGUCACUGUGAUGAAAAUGCAUUUGGUUUGGGCGCACGCGGAACAGGAAGUCACUGCGAUUGAUUGAUGAUUGGCUAUCGAUUGAUUGAACGACAUGUGCGCUCGUUAACAUUCGAUUGUCGAUAUUACACGUGUGUGAUUAUUGGUAAAAUUAAAAAUCGUGGAAGGAUUGAAUACAGUCAUAUAAUAUAGCAGUUUUCAGUUCGUAUAUAUAAGAAAACACUCGCACACAUUUUUUAAUUCGAUAAAAGUUUAAUGAUUGUUAUUGUUGAUAUAUAAUAAUAUAGUACCUAUAGAUAUGAUUUUUUGUAAAUUUGUGUUUGGUGACUAUAUAAUAUUAUCGUUUCAAAAUCGAUAUGGUAGAUUUUAGUUGACAAAAAAGAAUAAUAAUAAUGUCAUUUAAAAUUGAAUAGAAUUUUGUAACAUGACUUUGCCACUUUGGUACUAUAUAUUUUUCUAUAUUUUCAAUUUGUACAUGAUAAAAUGGCUGUAACGCAUUUUAAAUCACUAAUACCAAAAAUUAAAUUAUAUUCAAAAAAACUAUAUAUAUAUCUAAAGUUGGUAAUUUAUAGUGAACCUUUUAAUAUCGUACCUGCAAUUUUGAUUCGAUAAAACUUUCGGAACAUUGCGCUCAUUCUUAUAUCUGCAUAAUAUUAUGGGUGUUAUACGGAAUUCGGACCUUUUUCCAAAGUGCACUUUGAAUGUGCACAUUUGUGCAUCUUUUUUGAAAGCAAAUCUGAUCUAGGUAAUUUUUUGAUUUUUCUUGUAGUAUAUUUAAUAAAUAAGGGAAAAAAUAGGUAAAAUUUGAAAAAUUACGGCAAUAACGGUUUCAUUAUUUUUAUUUUGUUUUUUUUGUUGUGAUUCAUUGAAAAUAAAUCUUAUAGAACCUGAAGUUUUCACAUAAUUCUUAUAUAUUGGCUUUUUAUAGACGUGGUAAAAUUCUCAAAAUAUUCUGGCAAUUUGUUUGUAUAGGCAUUUGAUAUUUUCUAGUGUCUUUUAGAUUUUUUUCAGUUUUAUGCGGAUAAAAUGGUUAUGGCUGAACAAAAAUGCUUUAAAAUUUAACACGAAGUUCAUCGCGAAUCGAACUUGCUGAUCAAACAAAAAAAUAAUCGAGCAUUUUGUAGUUAGAAGUUUUGUUUAUAAGCGUUUAAAUUUCACAAUUUGACAAAAAUCGUAAAAAUCAUAUAAUUUCAAAAGAUGUUUAACCAAUCUUCAUUCAGAAUCAUUUGUUUUUAUUUUCUGACAUUUGCAAUGGGGUCAGAAAUGUCUCAAUUAGUUUUAAAAGUUAAAUGGAAUCAUUCCCAACAUGCUUCAUUAUAGCUAGUGGUGGUCCCAUAGGACAUGGUUUCCAGAUUUGUUUUCGAUCGUUGCAUAUUAUUAAUACAGUCGAGUCGCGAUAACUCAAAAAAACAUGAUAACUCGAUUUUUUUUUUAUUCCCCUAGAAAUUAUCAUAUAUUCCGUCUUUUCUUUGUUUACAAAUAAUCCUACUUUUGCUGCUGCUUUAUACAGUCUGCUGAACAAUGUCUUUAAUCUAUAACGAGGUUUUACCAUCAGUACUAUAUCGUCUGCAUAAGCUAUGUAUUUAUAUUAAUGCCUAUGGUAUAGGCAUGUCCUAUCCAUUUCGUAUAUUAUACGUCUAUGAUAAUAACGAUAAGUAGUAUGAUAUGAUAACAAUAUGGUGCGUUUAUCGUUUCGUUUCGGACGCGUCGUCGUAGCCGUUAAAUAGAUUAUUAUUACGAUUUCCAAUAUUAUACCGUACAUUAUUAUGUGUAUAAUAAUUGCGCACUUAUAUAUCGCGGUGAUACGGUCGACGUGUCGCGCAAUAAAAAUAACGUUAUCGGUAGUUAUUGUAUUAUAUUGCACGCGCGAUCUGUCCCUUGUUAUUGUUUAAGAGACAUCGGACAUCGCGUUUAGAGGCGAAAACGUCCGCCGAGAAGAACUACUAACUGUGUACGGUUUCGUUAUAUUAAUAUUAUUGUGAUGUAUGAACGCAAUUAAAUAUAUUGGAUUCGAUAGCGGACGCGCGUGUUCGAUGAGCCGAUGCGCCGCGCCGUUCGCGUUACACGUACUUUUUAAUGGUUUCUCGCGCAUUUUUUUUUUCUCCCCCGUAAGAGCGACAAAACAAAAAAAAAACCCGACGUAACGCGACGGAAAUUGUAUAUAACGCGGAAAAUACGGGGCGAAAAAUAAUAAUAAUUCGACGGUACAUUAAACGUUGACGGGCGCGGGGUAGGGGGGAGGGUAGACUGCAACGCGUAUAUUGUAAUCGCCGCGGGGACGCAUUAAAAACCGUGCGGAAGACUCAAUAGGAUCGCGAUUUUUUUUUUUCCUGUAUACAUUGGAUUGGAUUAUUAAAAGUGCGAACGAAAGUCAAAACGAACGGUUUUAUCCGCGAAUAAUAUUAUUAUUGUUAUACUAUACGUGCGCGCGCACAUGUUACGGUUUUUCGCGUAUUAUACAAAGUCCGGUCAAAUGCUCGCGCGCGGAUACAAAUUGAAGUGCUUAUAUUAUUAUUGUUAUUAUUGUUCCCCUCGGAGAUCGCCGCGGCAGCAGUCCGUGGACGUUGGUCAUCGUCGGCCCUCCGGCACAGACUCACUCGGACGACUCCGACUACGCGGCUACCUAUACGCGUACACCACUAGUAGCACGCGACCGCGGUCAAUUGCCCGUGUCCCUUACACAAACAAUAAAUUGCGCAAUCGGUCAGACUUGUAUGUUUUACAAUACGCUCCUCUCGUAUUGUUGUUUAUUGUACGAGCGACGUACUCUAUAAUGUGAUAUCGACGUCUUUUCAAUUAUCACCGUCCCAACAACUGUCGCGCCGCGACGAACGUUAACGGCAAUAAACCACCGGAACGAUCGAAUCGCGCGACGUUUACGAACUGAUAAUAAUCGUAUUUCCGUCGCGAUAUUAUUGUAAUAUUAUUUUAAUGCACUGAUACUGCGGUUGUUUACGAUCUCGAUAAUACACUAUUAUUAAUGCGCGUGUAUAUUUUCUAUGACAUAUCGUACGCAGCCGCGUAUAUUAUUAUUAUUAUGUACACGUAACAGUAUUAAACCGCGGACCGGAAACUAUCGGCGGCGCGGCCCCCGCGAGAGCCGUUACGCAGCCGUAAUAUAUAUUGAGAAUAUACUCGAAUACAACACAGAUACAUAAAUCCUGAUAUCGCGUCAUAUUUUUAUUUGUUCCGAAACAUCGUACCAGAAAUUAUGUAUGUAUUUGUAUAAAUAUUGUACACGAGUAAAUUAUGGAUUGUUGUUUAUGCUCGUUAACUUAUACGACACUAUGCAGACCCCGAAAAGGCCUAUGCGCAGUGUUUUAAACUUUACGCGUUCGUUAAAAAAACACCAUAGAAAUAAUAGUAAUUACAGUGUAUUUUUAUACAUUUUAGUAUAGAAUAACACCAUAGGUAGAGAUUGGGGGGCUUAGCCUCCACACCAAAAUAUCAAAAGCCCUCAAAAUUAUUGAACAUUUUUCAAAGUAUAAAAAAGGUACUUAUUUUACAACAAAUGCCAAAAUCAUGGAACAUAACAAAAUAUUUAUUUUUCUGAAAUUUUAUACUAUAAAAUAAUUAUUUUUAUUUGUGUACUUAUUAUGGGCCCGCACCGUUAAGAAAUAGCUAGGUACGAGUAUGCUGCGAAAAAGAUUUAAUAACUCUUCAAUAUUAUAUACUGAAAAAGAUAUCAUUAUCAAUAUUGAGAACGUUAUUAAUAUAUUUGGUAGUGAAAAUAGGUUAUUGUACCUACUAAAAUAAUAUCGGAGCAAAAUUACUAGUAGAAACGUUUUCCACAGAAAAAACAAAUCAUAGUAUUUUAAUAAUAUAUUUCGUACAUUUUCCUGUUUUUUCUCACUUUUCCCUUUUAUUGGGAAAACUGUCGGGAAAAUUAAAAAAUAACCUCCUUAAAGUACCAUCCCAAGAAAAUUUCCCUUCAGAAAACGUUCUACAUCGUAUAUAUUGGAGUAAGUUUUAUAGUAGAAAAAGUGGUCACAUUAAAAAAAAUAAUUAUAAUAAACAUCUUUGUAAAACCAAUACGUCAUUUUUCGCUACACUCAGAAUCAAAAAUUUAAAAAUAAAUUAAAAUAGUUACAAUAGAUGUAAUGAACAUAAUAUGUAUAAUUAAUAUAUGACAAUAAAUUAUGUUGUGCUAUAUACUAUCUAUUUGUAAUCAGUCCAAACAUCAAUCUAUUAACUAUAUAAUAUUAAUUAUAUUUGUGUGAUGUCUUAUAAUAAGUUAUCGAAGUCAAAUAAUUUGAACCUUGUUCAAUAUAGUUAUAGAAUAUUUACUUAAUAUUUGUAUGUUUUAAAAUAUUUUUAAUUUAAUGUACAUAUACUGUACAGGGUGAUACAUUUAUCAUGAACCAACGAAUAUCUCGGAUAGUUUUAAAUUCAUUUUAUUUCUUUCUAUUGAAAUCAUGAAAUAAUAUGCAGUUAAAGGUUUAUUUUAACCAAUAUUUUAAAUGUGUAUCCGUCAAUCAAUUUAUCAGGUCCUAAUUUUAAACUGUUAUAAAUUGUUAAUGGUAAAUUCGAUAUUAAUGUUAAAUGUAUAUGAAUAUUUUUUUUAAAAUAUUCUCUAAUCGAAUUUACGUUUGAAAUGGGAAGAGGUAGGGUUUGAUAUAAUAAAAUUAAAAAUGUAUCUUCGUUUAAGGUAUAAUGAAGAGUGUUAAAGUAAAAAUUGAAAAAGGAGGAAAUAAAACUUCAGAAAUUCCAUGUAAUAAUUGAAAAAACUCAAAAUCAAAUUAGCUUAAAAUUCUCAGAAAAAUGUUGAUAUUCGUGAGAGGGAAGAAGGUCCAGCCACAAUAUAUAUUUUAGGAAUACUUGAAUCGGAAAAUUAUGUGUACAUUAUUAUAAGAAAAAUAAAAAUAAAAUAUUUAUUUUAAAAUAUAAUGCAUUAGUACAAUUUGCUAAAUUAUUAUUUAUUAAAACCAAAUUAAAAAUACACAACAAUAUUGUUUUAAUCUAUACUAAUAUUAUAAAGAGAAAAGAUUUCGAUGUUUGUAACAAAUAAACUUAAAAACUACUAGACCGAUUUUAAAAAUUUUCUCAUCAUUAAAAUGCUACAUUAUACCUGAGUAACAUAGGCUAUAUUUAUUACUAGAAAAAACUAGGAAUCCCUACAAAAAUUGUAAUAAUUAGGUUUUUAGGUAUUUUGUUAAUUGUUUAUUUAUUUAUUUUUUGUUUAUUCGUGGGUUACCUUGGUAACAUGGAUGAUAAUUUGGUUGUUAUGGACAAAAAAAGUAUUAUUAUUAUUACUAUUAUUUACACUAUUAAUCUAGCAAUAGCAAAGCAUGUAUACUUUUUAUUCUUAUUUUCUCAGAAUUGAAAAAAAAACUUUCAAACAAUAUGCCUAGAAACAAAAGGUCGCAACUAUCUAAACAUAUUUUCCGCAAAAAUACGUUGAAUUCGAGAGUCUUCUUUUGAAAAUUCAGAUCCUCUUGCAAAUUAGAGAGAGUACGCGUUACAAUGUUGUGCCAGAAAAUCUAGCGCCGAACCCUCGCAGUGACUUAGGGCACAAAGAGAAAAAUAACAGUCGCUAACAACGAAGACGUGCAAUAGAAGUUUAGCUCAUAUUAAUAGAUCGACAUUCAGUUGAAUUAUGGAUAACCAUAGUAUCAUGGAUGAACUGAAAAAGUUAGAAAUAAAAAAAUAAAUAAUAAACAGAAAUAAAAAUGACAUAACAACUAUAACACCUUAAAAUAUAGAGUCUGUCUGACUGUCUGGCGGUCUAAUAUUGGCUUGAAAUAGAAUGGGCUACCUUGGUAACAUGGAUGGUAAAAAAAACAAGUGUUAUAUUUUAUUAUUUAUUAAUUUAUUAUAUUUUAUAUUUUUAUUUCUUAUCCAUGUUUUAAAAGAAAAAAUGCGCACUUUGCAUUUUAUUAACACAAAAUAAAUUUACAAUGAAUAACAUAUUAAAUUAUUACUUAUUUCUAUAACUUUUUCGAAUUUUUUUUUCGUAAGAUUAAUUUAAAACAUUCUCAAUUUAAUUUAUCUACUAUUUUCUCUCGUUCAAUAUAUCAUAUUGCAUAGCCAGUACGGUAAUCUUCUAUAAAAAGUUAAUAUAUGACAAUUUUUUAAUUAUUUUCAAAGACCUUGCGAAUCUUUUUGCCCUAGCUGUACUCAAUGGUAGAGUGAGAAAAAUUCUUAAAAAAAUUUUCAUUUCUUUUAAUCCGCUAUUUACAAUUAUUUAAAAUUCUGAGUGGGGGAAAAGAACCUUAUGGUUUUACAGAGAUGUUUAUUUAUUCACUUGAUUUUUUAUCUGUGCGCAACUUUGCUACCAGAAAUCUUGCUAAAAUUCACAAUGAUAGCAAUUUUUCUGAAAGAUCUGAAAAUCUGAUUAGAAAAGUACUUCAAUUAAUUAAUUUUUCAAUUUUCGCAAAAAGUGGGAAAACUCGCGAAAAAGCAUAAGAAAACCGGGAAAAACGGGAAAAUCAGUAUAUUAAACAAAUAUUAUUAAAAAUAAUAUAUAUUGCCUAUUUAAUUAUUUUACUAUAAUAUGACAUAUAUAUUGUUGACAAAGCAUCACUUUCAAGUGAAUUCAGCUCAGAAUAUUUUUUUCGUUAACAAUGGUUUAUCUUUGCUAACAGAUAUACAUAAAAUUACCUAUAACAGUGACUGCACCCAUCCCCAUUAUCCGAGAACAGCUUUUUUAAAUAUAUUUUGUAGGAUGAUGAGGUAGGGCUAGUCGCAACACAUUUCCAACUUUUUUGAUCUUUAAAUCUAUCCAUGGGUUGUGAUUAAUUUGGACCGCUCUGUAUAUAUUUUCUGGAAAUCUGAAAUUUUUUACCUGCUAUUGUAUAUAAUAUCUUGUUUUAUACAUUUUUUUUAUCAACAUUUUUAUAUCGAUUAAAACCGUAAAGAAUGUUUAUUAUUGAAAACAAAAUAAUUAUAGUUAUCUAUACGAUCAUUUAUUGCUUACGGCUGUUAUUCUAUACGAAACACGUUAAAACGCUAUUUAUUCGUAUUUUAGUCGUUAAAAAUAAAAACCGUUUGUUUACUUUAUUAUUCUAAUAUUAUUGUUCCAUGUCGAAAGAUCGGACAAUUUUAUUGUUGUUACUGUUGAAUACGAGUCCGGUUUUUGUUCUACGUUUAAACGCUAUACACGUGUAUAAGGCGUACUAGGAUUUUUCAUUGGGUUAACUAAAUAAACGUGACAAAAAAAAAAUAAAAUGUUUUGCAAAAUACAUAAUUGUGCAGCAAAAUUAUUUGUAUUUAGUUAAAUAACUAAUACGAAUAUACUAUGAUUACUAUUACUUUAUUAAUAAUAAUUUGUCAAUGCUAAAUAAUUUAUAUUGCAUUUGACCCAACCUAUGAGGGGGAUAAACCCCCUUAGACCCUGGGCACACCUCCGCAUGGGUAUGUUUACACAAAUAAAACAAAGAGAUUAUAUGUAUAACUAUAUCGCAACCUUGAAAGAGUAGCGAUGAAAAUCAAAAUUUGAAAAUGUUUGGGAAAUCGGAUUUUAAUGUUGCAUAAUGUUUACGAUUUUUGUUCCUGUGAAAUGUUAUUUUUGAAGUAUCAGUUUAUUUUAACUAUGAAAAUAUCGUGUAACAGCAUUAGUCGGAUCAGAAUAAAGUCUCAUCAAAUAAGUAUCAAUAUUCACGCCUAAACCUAUAUAAUAUUUUAAGCCGAAUAAAGACAUUUGAGCUCAGACCGUCUUUGAUAUUAAAUAAAUAAAAAAAAAUUCAAUCAUACUAAAUUUUCAUGUAUCGAUUCUAUAUACAUUUUCAUAGUAAUAACUCAGAAGUCGUAUAUUUUGAAUCGUAGUUCUAUUCUUUUGGAGGUGCAUAUUCGCAAUACGUAUGUGUGCACAUUGCAUUAUAAUAGGUAUAUAAUAUCAUAUUGUGCAAAAUAACACGACAUUCAAAAUGCGAUUUUUAACGAAGGGAUAUGGCGUGAGAAAUAAUUUACAUAUAUGUAUAGAAAAUAACCGGUUCCGUUCUAUACCCUGAACAUUAUUAAAUAUCGCGAAAACAAUAUUAUGUUGAUAAUUGACCCGGACAACAACGACUGGAAAAAACAUUAGUUUGCUAUUUCGAAAAAAAAAACCGAGGGUACCUAACUUAUUUAUUUAUUUAUUUAAAAAUAAAAAAUUAAUAAUACGCCGUCGCUUUUUACGGGAUUACCGGCGGCCCUUAUAGCGUGUUUCUGUUUAGACGAUAAUGAGAAAGCCACGUGACCGACGCAACGCCGGAGCUUCAAAAGAAUAGUAUACUGCUAUUUUUCUCUCCGCAUGUAGAAUAUUGUAUGCAUUAUAAUAUAAGGUUUUUAUUUUCCAACGAGUUCGGCCGAUAAUCCUCUCUUUAUGAAAUAUAUUAUUGAAAACAAACACCGCCGCUGCCAUAACACAAUGACGGUACAAAAUACGUUGCAUUAUUAUUUUAUUUUUAUUUUGUUUAUUGUUAGCUAACUAUUGUAUUAAUAAUAUCACCGGUUAGUACAUACAAAUUAAUACAUUUUUGAGAAAGAUAAAUAUAUAAAUACGGGAGCUGCUCACCCACUGAGGUAAAAUCUUUAGUCGGAAAACGGGAUUACAGCUAUUUAUAUUUAUAAUAUCAAAAUUAAAUAAUGGUUUAAUUAUACUUAAUAUAUAAAAAAUAGUAAAAACCGAAAAAUAAAACAAAUCAAAUGCAAAACAAUACACAUCAUAAUAAUACCCAAAAUUACAUUGUGUCAAAUAUUCAAGUAUUUUUGAGAAGCCAGAAAACUUUUGUCCACGUUUAAACCUAAAUAAAAAAAAAAAAAAAAAUAUAUAAAAUUUAAAAUGACUAAUAAAUAGCUCAAAAUUCACCAUAAUAUUUUGAAAAUUGUAUCAUGUUUAUAAAGAGGUAAUUUAAGUAUUCGGUGAAAAAUGCAGGUCUCUACGAUUAUUUUUAACUGAAUUAAAGCAAACGAAAAACCCUGAAACCUUUAAUGCGUACAUUUUCUUGGUUUUUCUACAUUAUUCAGACACCGAAAGAAACGUUAACAAUUUCCUCCCAAGAUAUACCAACUAUACAAAAAAGUUUGCUCGUAGUUUUUUAAUUGUGACAAGAUUUCUUGUAAAAGAGUCAUUAACAGAAGAAAAACAUAAAUAAAAACGACGUCCUAGGAUAAUGGGGUUGGGUGCAGUCAUUGUUAAAGGUAAUUUAAUGUAUAUCUGUAAGCAACGAUAGACGAUUGUUAAUGAAAAAACGAUUCUGAACGCAGAUAGUGAUGGUUUUUCAAUAUAUGUCAUAUUAUUGUAAAAUAAUUAAAUAAGCAUAAAAUAUUUUCCCAAAUCAUAUUUGUUUAAAAUUGUACCGAUUUUUCCGUUUUUCCUGCGUCUUUUCGGAUUUUCCCAUUUUUCCCCCCGGUUUUUCACAUUUGCUGGGAAAACUCUUGGAAAAAUCGAAAAAUGACAUUUUCAAAGUACCUACCCAAUCAGAUUCCUUUUUAGAAAAAGUGCUAUCAUAGUAAAUCGGAGCAAAAUUGCUGGUAGACAAGUUGUCUAUAAAAAAAUAUUUUACUAAUGUAUUUUGUACAUUUUUCCGUUUUUCACGGUUUUUCUUAUCUAUUGGGAAAACUCCUGGGAAUGUCGAAAAAUUACUUCUUCAAGUUACUAUGGAGAUUUAAUUUCCUUUCAGAAAAUAAACUUCAUUUGAUAUAUCAGAGCAAAAUUGUUGAUAGAAAAGUUUGCACAACAAAUCGAGGGGUAUUUUGCGAUUAAAAUAUUCUGAGUGAGCGAUAGCUUGGGUCUCUAGGUACACCCAAAAUAUAUUUGUUUUUUUCUUAUUUAGACAAAAGCGAAAAAAAAUUUUUUUUUUUUUUGAAACGCGGGUUCGAACCCGCGAACUCUAGGAUGAAAAUAAGUAUGUAUAACCAUUAGAUCAUGAAAAAUAUGUUUUAAGGCCAAUAUAGAGUUAUUUAACAUAACAUAUAAUAUCAUAUAAUUAUAGAAAAUUGAAAAAUAACCUCCUAAAAAGUACCAUUUGGACAGCAUUCCCUAUCAGAAAUGGUACCACGCGUAUAUAUUUGGACAAGAUUUCUGGUAGAAUUUUUGUAUACAGUAUAAUAAAAAUAAAAUAAAAUAUAAACAUCUUAGUAAAACCAAUAUAUUCUUCGCUACAUUCAGAAUCUAAAAUACGUAAGUUAGAGAGGUUACCCAGUAGUAAUAUUUAGCACCUAUUUGAUACCUGAUUAAAUACUAUAAAAAAGGUCUUUACAUCAUUUUAUUUAGUCUACGAUGCAGGUUUUCGAAAAGAGUGUUGGCUGAUAAUUUAAUGAUAUCUAAUUUUAAAGACAAAAUUAAUAACUUUUUCGGUUUUUUUUUCAAAAUUUUAUUCCACAGUAAUGUAUUAGAUACAUCAUAUUAUAACAUCUAUCGUAACGAAAAAGGUCAUAUCUCACUUUUCCUAUCUCCUAAUCUAAUCUUUUUGGACAAGUAGAGAUGUGGACGAUACUAAAAAAAGAUACUGCCUUGAAUAUACGAUCUUAUUCAUAACGGCAAACGAAUUAUCAUCGCUUAUAAAAAAUAAUAGAAUAACGGGUAAAAAUAUUUUUUUAAAAGGUGGUAGUUGGCGUUGGAAAAUCACAAAACUCCGUCGAUUUUUAUCAGCGCUGAUUCUGACCGGGUUAUCCGAUUCAGUUUGUAAUACGUAUUUAUAGAUGAAAAUCAGGGACAUAUACGGUAAUAGUUCAACCCCUCUCCCCAAAUUUUUAAAACUCUAGUUUUAAAGCAUCAUGUACUAGUUCCAUAAUUCAAAAUGUUUAUCGCAGAUGUACGAACCACAGAAAUGUGUCCCUGUAUGUACUAAGGUAAAACAAUCGGCAGUAUUGUUGUAAUGUAAAUGAAAAAUAAUACAAGCGACUGUUUACAUUUUAAAGCAUUUUAUCUCACCGUGUUUGGACAUUUAGGAUAUUCGUACUGUAGCGUAAAUUAGUAAUGAAUAAACAAAAAAAAAAACACACAUCUGAUUAGCAAAAAAAUAUAUAUAUAUAUUUCAAUGUACUUUAUAAAGUAUACAAAACAACAUGUCAACAAUAAUAAUUUUUGAUCGUAUACAAAACGAUUUCUACAAACCUGCAACUUUCGUCGAUAUUAUAAAAAUAUAUAUAUUUAUAUUAUAUAGGAUUAUCAAUAUAUUAAUAAAAAGAAAAAUAAAUAUAUAAGUCAAAAAUAAAUUUCGUCUGGUGUACAACUGUUAAUGUAUACAGAAAAAAAAAUAUUCCAAACUUAAAAAAAAAUUAUUAUUAUACGAAAAAAAUCGCUGAUCGCGAUAAGUUUCUAUUUAUAUAGGCAAUAAAAUAUACACACGUCCAGCCAGAAUCACAGCAGUUAAAAUAUGUUAUUCUCUGGCACUCGUUAAUAAUUAAUAAAAUAUUUUUUAUAAAAUACAGGUACAAUUGAAAAAAAAACGAUAAUGGCUUUGGUUGCGGCUUUUGACUAGAAUAAGGUCCUUUGUGAUAAACAAAAAUAUUUUUUAAAAAAAAAAUCGUAAAAUAGUUUUUACGGUUAGGAAAUAAACUCGCGAUCAGUAUGCCACUUCGGCCCCCCAAGGUCUGUAGGGCUUCAUCUGCGCGGAAACCGACGAAUCGGAUUGGUACUGUUGUUGUUGUUGGUGCUGUUGGUGCUGUUGCUGUUGCAUAGCCUCGUGAUAGUUGGACGGCGGUUGCGGCGGAGGUUGCACCGGCUGCAGGUUGUGCAAUUGGUUGCCGGCGCCGCUGCCGUGUUGGUGUUGGUGUUGAUAGUCUUCACGACCGCGGUGAUGGUGCUGCUGUUGCACUUCGUGGUGGUGAUGGUGAUAAUCGGCGGCCGUGACGGACGACAGAGCCGUGAGACCGGCCGGGGCGACACCACCGCAGGCGUCUGGUCCGGAUUUGAUGCCGUCAGCGGUCGCGGCCGACGUCUCGUAAUUGUUGUUGUUGUGGCUGGGCGGUGGUGGCGGCGGUGGCGGAGGCUGUUGCUGCUGCUGUUGCUGUUGGUGCGGCGACGUGGUCGUCGACGGGUAAUGGUGAGCCAGCGGUAACGCGGGAGGCGGCGGCGGAGGCACCCCUUGAUGAUGACCGUACCACCCGGGUGGUGGCGGUGGCGGCGGUGGUGCGUUGUGAUGUCCCACGGUGGCCGCAGGCGACUUAGCCACGUACUCGCGCUGCGCCGCGAAGUACUGCAAGUGUGAUAAGAGCCGUUCGCGCAACGGGUCCCGGCCGUUCAUGCCCUCCACCGAUUCUAAGUACCUGGCCACCUCGGCCGCGCACUCCCUGAACCCGAUGUUGUGGUAGUCCAUCGCGUACUUGGACGGAUCGUAGGCUAACGUGUCCAGACCUGUGUAAAAAAGAAAAAAGAAAAGAAAAACAUGAAAAAAACCAUUAUCAAAAUUUUCGAAAACAUUAUAUUAAUAUUAUAAACGCGAAAGUUUGUUUGGAUGGAUGUUUGUUCGACCCACAUGCAAAAACUGCUGAACAGAUUAAACUGAAAUCUUGCAUGGAUGUAGUUAUAUACCAGGAAUAACAUAUAAACUACUUCCCCCCUCCCGAAUUAAAUCCCUUUAAGGGGACUGACACUGGGUAAUUAAUGUUUUCGGUAUUAUUUUUGUCGGUUGGUUACCUCGGGGAUACAGAAAGAAAAACCGAGUUAGAACAAACCAAGCAAAUAAUAAGAUGACUCGUGAAAGGGCUGCAGUAUAAGUUGUCACGAUGAAACGCACAACGAACAGCGGUUACUGUAGAAACUUAGUUUACUUAGUUCGCUGUUGGAUCGUAUUUCUUUUGGCACGUACGAGACACCUAUAGUCAUUUUUCACGUUUGAAAUUUUGAACGUGACCGCGCUUAUAGUUAUCGGAGUUGUUGGAAUAACUGACGGAUUUUUCGAAAUUUCAAUUUUCGUAAUGCAAAAAAGGCUCGCAGUUGAAUUCCGAUUGGUUUUUUUUUUGGGAGGGGGAGGAGAUUCUUUUUGGAAAAACAAAAACCACUACCAGUUAAACAAACCCCGUCUCAGAAUCGUACGUCGUUUCUACCCACUCGCCUACGGAACCGUCAUAUGUUUGUACAGUCCCAUAUAAAAUAUCAUUUCCAUAAUCGUUUACGUACUCGCGGGUUUAUUCCGACCCGACUUUACAUCAUAAUAUUAUUAUAUCGUACACACGACGACAGCAUAUUCGUUAUAUUAUGCGGAAUAUAUGCGCGGAGUACAUUUGUAAAAACGUAAUUGGGCGUGAACGAGUGAUUUCUAUACGAUCAUAUUGUGCCACCAUAAUACGUGUGCAAUGUUAUUAUACACAAUAAUAAAACACGCGUCCCCCGGUUUUCGUAAACGACAACGACGAUAACGUGAUUUUAUUCGCGUACAGAUAUUAUGCCGUAAUUCGUAUUGGUACCGUCACGUAAACCCGACAUUUUAAAUCCCAAGCGUAGCGAGGCAGCUAUCGGUUUUACUAAGAUGUUUAUUUUUUUUUCUUCUUUUAGUCCGUGGACACGUUUUUUCCUAGUAAACUUGCUCCGGUUUUUACGUGUAGCAACUUUUCUGAAAGCUCACGUGGUCUAGAUGGUACUUUUUACCUUCUCUAAGAAGUCAUUUUUUUUUGAUUUUCGACGCCAUUUUUUAAAUAAAAGCACUCAAGUGGGCAAAAGCGUAGGGUAACGUACAAUUUCUCGAUUUUGUUAUUUCAUAAAAACACGGACGACGUUUUCUACCAGAAAAAAUUAUUUAAUCGAAAAUCACUAGAUAUCUUUUUUGUUGCCUUCUUGAUUUACUUUCUUGCGGUAUCAUCGAAAAACUUUCGAGCCACUUUUGAACUUUUAAGGAAUCUUUAAAAAUCGCAAAAAAUAUUAAGUCACUUAAAAUUAUGUAUUACCGAACUGCGCUCGGAAUCGUCUUUCGUCAAGCAAUGGUUUAUUGUUACUUACAGAUAUAAAAGAAAUAACCUUGUGUUUCUUACCUUCCCAACUUCUCACCUACAAUAUUGGCUCCUCCCAUCCCCAGUAUCAGCUCUUUUUUUAAUGGUUACGUUUUAAAUUACGGCGGGUUUUUUUGCCCCUUUCCAUACCUACGCUGGUAUUAUUGAUUCGAGCAAAAGCCGUUCGGUACUUAACUACUAAAUAUUAUAAUACACACCGCGUUUUGGUUCUAAUCGAUUCGAAAUUGAUUUCGUACGGGUCAGCAGCGCUCGUACAACUGUUGCUUGACACAUUUGUUUUGGAUAACCAUAUAGGAGUAAAAUACGAAAUUUUUUAAAAUUGCGUAUUUCGAAGUUCUCGUGUUAUUUUAUUAUGUUAACGUUUUUAGCGAUAUCAACGGAGAACUAAAUUUAUAUACCCUUUUUUUAACGUGUUUUUAUAUAUUUUUUUUAGUGCGUAUUUUACCGCUUGUGUUAUGUGCACACGAAUGUUUUUAAGAACAUACCAUCUUUCUUUUUUAAAUUUACAAGAUAUAUUUGUACGGUUCGUUUGUGAGUCGUAAUCAAAUUCGACAUUAUUUUUACAGGGUCUAAACUCUGUAACGCGUUAAAUUUCUCGAAAUACGAACGUUUUAUCAUUAUCAAUUAACGCGUUUAAUCGCCCAACGACAAUAAUUAUUGCGGUUCAUUCGUUAAAUUUCUCAUCGCGUUUAUCUGUCACCUAAUAAACAGAAAGGUCCAUAUUAUGUCCGUGGACUUGAUAUAAUGGGGCAAACGUUCAAUCGAUUUGGAAUUUUUCUUUUAGAAAACAAACAAUAAUCGUAUAUAUAUAAUCAAUGAUAUUAUUAUUAUUUAUUCCAAGAAACUUAACGAUUAAUUAUUUAAUUUUAUAGACAUACCUUCAUACGAUAAUAUACACACGUACUAUAGAACCAUCAAUUAAAAAUAAUCAAUGAAAAAAAAUAUCUCAAUGAAAAUUGUUAUAAUACAACCAAAUACAUAAUAAUAUGCCUACGUUAGUAAUACGAUUAUAUUUUAUUUGUUUGGUAAGAUUAUAUAGACAUAAGCAUAAUCAGUAAAGUUAUUGACGACAAAUUAUAUGUUUAUUAAAAAUCGUUUAUAAUAUCCAAGUAUAAUAGGUACCUAACCUAUAGUUAUGAUUCAUUAGUGCAAUAUUUGACGGCGAGUCUAAAGUACCACUUAUAUAGGUUUAAUAGGUAUAAUAUACUAUUAUUGUUAAUGACAAAACGCCGGACAUAAUUCGCACCAUGGGUAAGCACUGUUGCAUUCGUGGGCAGUUUAAAAACUAAAUAUUUAAUUAAAUAGUUCAGUGGCGACGAUAACACCAUAAAGUAUCACCCUCCAUUAUAUUGUCCUGGAUCUGUUCCUUAUUUAAUCUAUGGAUAUACUGAAAACAAUGAUAAAUAUUUGCAAUCAAAAAGCGAUUCUACAGCCAAUAUAGAUAGCUGAAAAAUCAACAACAAUAAAAUCGGUAACGAUGAUUUGUAUUCAGUUUUUUAAUUUAAGCUUGAAGCGAAUCUAGGACAAGUGAAAUGCCGCCGGGCGGAGAUUUUGCGUCUCAAACCUAAGCAUUUUUACGAAUCAGCGAAAAAUCCGUUUUUCGAAAAAAAAAAAAAAAAAACAAAACACAUCUCUAGUAAAACUGUUAUAAAUAAAUAUGGACCAUUUUUACGGAACGUUUAAUGCGUUAUUCAAUUAAUACGACGGAGUGAUUUUGUGGCCUGUUGACACGAAACGCGUUCCGCGGCUUUUGCGUUAUUCGCAAAACAUUAAAACGUAUUGUUUGAUUGUGAAUAUUUUAUUUCAUCGUCAUAGUUCUUAUAUUAUGUACAUACGUUUAUAUAAAAUACACUCCCACGAUUAUACGGUUUACGGGUGUUUUGCGGGGGUUUAAGUACGUAACGCGCGGGGAUUCGAAACGCGACGGCGACGCCUGGUCGCAGUGAUAUUGCACACGGGUAGUUGGUGGUGGCGGGAAUCGUGGGAAAAGGGUGCGGGCCGUGGUCGUUGGUACGCGCGCCGCGGCUGAGGGGCAGCUGACACGGAAUCACGUUCUCACGAUAAACAGUGUAUGUCCGCACACCCCACCUCCCCCUCAACUCUCCGACCCCUCCCCCAACCCCCCUUGACCGAUAUCGCGAUUUUAUUCCGGACUAAAUGAAUGCGACGAACGAAAUUAUUAAACAAAUAGGGAAAAAAAAAACAUGACUGGUGGGUAUAUACGUGUACCUAAUACUCCGUACACGAGCGAAAUCCGUGUUGAACGCCCGAAUUCACACGGUAAAACACCUGACCGGGCACGCGUUCAAUUUUUUUUUUUUUUUUAAUAUCAUAUCGUUAUAAAAGCGGGGAAAAUUACAUUAUAUUACGACGGAAAAACACGCAUUAUCGUCAUAUAUAUACACAUAUUAUAUUUUUUUUUUCAAAAUUACAAUUUAUAUCCUGCAGAUAUCUGCAGACGAAUGCAAUGUGACUUUUGUUACGAUCAAUGUAUUUUUAAGUUGGUUAGUUUUUUUCUCUGGUCGAUAUUACUAUAAAGUCUUUCGACACGAUUCCUCCGAUUUAUUAUUAAAGCAUAAUAUUUUUUAGUAUUUUUUAAAAUUGAAAAUAAAACAAAUUGUUUUUGAAAAAUCUACGACAUAUAGCCGUUUAAAAAAUGUAUAUAUUUUGAAACUAGAUAUUAGCGUUAGGAAUAUUAAUUUUGCUUUAGUUUCUUUGUUAAGUUUGUUAGUUUUGAACGUUGUAGUAUACAAAAAUCAUUAACAAAAUUAUUUUUCACAAAAACAUCGGUGUAUCGAUUGAUUGACUUAACACUGGCAAUGAAAACGAUUUAAAUCGUCGAAAUUUCAAAAACACAGGAAACCUGUGCGUACGAAAAAUACAUAAACUUCCAGUAUAAUAAUUAUGAGCUUUUACACUUUAAGCGAGACAUGUAUUGGUUUUAUUAUGAUGUGUGUGUUUUUUGUUUUGUGUUUAUAAACGAUUCUCUACCAGAAAUCUCUAUCCGACCAUUAUCUUUGGAACUAUUUAUUUUUAGUACAUUGGAGAGGUCAUUUAUUUAAAAUAAUUUUUCUCGUAGUUUUCUUAAUAACGUAUGCAACAUUAUAGCCUUUUCGGUUAUUUUCAAUUUUCUUUUAGAAGAUAAUAGUUUUCACAUAAUUUACUCGUGAUAGCUCUUUUUAAGCCAUUUAUAGCCAUUUGACAUUAAUUUUUUUAUUUUAGUUUUCGAUUGGGUUUUAUUAUGAAUAUCAAAUCGUUUUGGUCCGGAAUUUUUAUAAUAAAAAUGUUGAAUUUUCUAUUAAAAUUUUAAAAAUCACGACAUUCCGAAACACGUUAACAUAACCGAACUUUGUUGAAAAUUGUUUUUCGUCAUCAACGAUUUCUCAACACGCACAGACAUACCUAAGUUAAGUAAUUAUUACUCUAUUAUUUUAUCUAUUCUAUGCCUUUCUGAAAUUAAUAACUAUGCUACUCUAUGAAUAAUUUUUUAAAAAGUAUAAUUUUCUUGCUUUUUUCAUAUAAUAUGAUAAUAACAUCGGCUAUAUUUAAUUUUAACGUACAUGAAAGAUCAGUAAACUUAUUAAUUAUAUUUUUGUAUUUCUAAAUUAUUUAUUUGAUAUUUGUCUACCUAAUUCUAGUGGACAAUUAGAAUUAGGACCGAGGGGCACUUCAUUUGACCAUAAACGAAUUAAAAAUAUUACCCGUAUAUAAUAAUAUUCGAGAGGCUCGCUAUCCCAUGGUUUUACUUCAAAUGACGCCUCUACAUUGUACAUUAUAUAUAUAUAUAGGUAUAUGGAACGAUAUUUUGUUAUAGUUUUCACCGAAUCCUAGUGAUAUACAAUACGACGAUAGUUAUUUUUAAUUUUUAUAAUUCCGUGGGAUACAUUAUACGAAAUUAUUAUACUACGGUUUCAAAAAAAAAAAAAACACCGUUGUCCAUGACUACGGUGUGUGACAGAACUACGGGGACGCGCUGCACCGGCACAAUGACUUGGGCAUAUAUAACAUUAUGUUGUGUACUCGUAUUAUUUUACAAAAUGAUCCACUACAGUAGCGGAGUGCACCGAACACUUGUUAGACGUGAGGGACCGGAUGCCAAGUUAAUAGACGGUUUUUUUUUUUUAUGUAUAUUAUACUCCGGUCCGAGGCCCUUUUUUACCGGUGGUUACGGUAGUAAGUAGUUAUGAUAUUAAACGGACCCGUACAGCGCGUGUUGUUAUUUUUUUUUUUUCCGGUACGACUUUGCGUUUGUGCGGAAGUGUAAAGAGCAGGUGUACGCCCGAACAGAUAACGUCGAAGAAAACCUUAUUUUAAGUAUAUAUUUAAAAUAGGUGUAGGUACGUAGGUACGGUCGAGCGCGACAGAACCCACCCAAAACCCGAUGAAAAGAUCAACAUAUGAUGUUAUACGUGGGUUUCAAUAAUAACUGAAAAUUAAAAAUUAAAAAAUCACACUUCGAGCAUAUAUUUUAUCGUCUGCAGACUUAGUUGCGCGCCCGGGAAUUAUCUGCAACGGGCAGAAAUGUAGCGAAUAAAAAUCGUAAAAUCGUCUUCUCUCCCCGACUAUGGGGCUAUGGGAAUUGGUAAUUUAAAAGCCGGAUCCUAAAAUAAGCCAAUUUUUAAUUAAUAUACAUCGAGCUUUUCCUCGUAACUUGGCUAAAAUAUAUACGUAUUUCGAUAUUGAAUUACUUAUAUUUUUUUUAUAUUUAGAAGCCGAUGGGGGGGGGGAGAUAUAACACACUGUCUGCAGUCGAUUAUUACCCGUUAUUAUAUCUGAAAACGACUUUCGGGUUCGAAAAAAAAUCGUCUUUUGUAUACACGUACGUGACAAUUGGAAACGUUUUGCAAUGCCAUUUGAAUUCGAUUCGUUAAUAAUACGUUUGGUAUUCCAUUAUAAUAAUAUAUUAUACGCAUUGCGCUCCGGGCCAAAUAAAAUAAAAUUAAUACUAUAAUUUAAGUCCUACAUGAACCAAAAUUUGAAUUUGCUUUGAAUAGAUAUAUUAAAUCGAAACAGUUAUAAAUUAAUACGUUUUCAAUCAUUUAUUUUUACGAAAUUCAAAAUCACGAUCGGCGCCUAAAUUUAUGUCUGUUAACGUUAAAACCCGGGACAAUAAGUAAUCUGGAGAAAACAAUACUGAUCUGUGUUUCCGGCAUUAAGGCUUUAGGUCAAAAUGAAAUAAUCGCAUUUUUUUAGAACUCGUAUAAAUAAAAAUGAUGAAAAAAAUAAUAAUUACUUUAUAAAUGUGCAUGACAUUUCAUCAAUAUUCAUUAAAAUAUUACUCAAUUUUAGUUCAUAUAUGAUUGUAAUCAAUUAUAAGUUUAAUUGCAAUUUAAGUGCGAAAACGAGCGAUAUUUACCUUUAGCGUGAAUCAUUUUCAAAUGGUCGACCGUGAGUUGUAAGAUUUCCGCCUUUUCCAAUUUGGCCGAACCUUGUUUUUCAUACGCCGUGGGCACGAGCCGUCGGAGUUCGGACAGGCUGGUGUUGAUACGAUCGCGACGUCUCUUUUCGAUUAUGCCCCGACGUUUCUUUCGGGUCAACAUGUGUGGCGUGUCCGUACCGUCUCCGGGUGAAGAACAGCUGUGACGAAAUUUAAAAGUUAAAGAAGUGUUUAAUUUUUUUUUUUUUUUUCAUUAUUUUAAUGAUUUCACGAUUUUUUUUAAAAAAGAUGAUUUAAUUAUUGAAAAAAAAAAAAUGCAAUCCUCUGUAAAACGGAAAUCGUUCUACUCACUGGUCUUUGCUGGACUCUUCGGAAAAAGCGUCGUCACAAUCGUCGCUCUCGUUGAAAUGCCUUUUGACACCCUGCUGGUGGUGAUGAUGGUGCCGGGAAGUCGGCGGUGCGGGCAUCGAGCUCCACGGUCCGUAACCGGCCCAGUGCGAGUCGCCGACGUUCAUCGCGGACGGCGGCGCCGGUUGAUGCGGCGGCACGGCGUCCGGCGGCGGAACCGGACCACCGCGGGGCACCACCAUGCGCCACAAGUUGACGGCCGCAGGAUCGCAAUAACCCAAGUAAUCGUUAUGGUGCCGGGUGUCCGGGUACGCGGUAGCGGCGGCCGCGGCGGCGGCGGCGGACCGCAAAUCAUGAUGGUGGUGGUUAGCCACUUUGUCAGUUAUUAACGAUAGAAAACGGGGAAAAAAAAACCCGACACGGAAAAUUAUUAUUCUGUGUAAUAAAAUUAUUGGCUUUAUUCGUUUAUAUUAUUAUCGGUAACGUGUCGUACGGCGACCGGGUGCGGGUCACGUGCGUCACCCCUUUGCGGUUUUAUCUUUAAGGAAACGGCGGACCACUUGUUGGUUGCCGGCGGCGGCCGUGUCGUGUCGCGUAUGCGGUUAGUCGAACGGGCAAUGCGAACGUGUGCGCGGUAGACGACGCGAGCCGGACGACUGCCGUGGCGCGUGGACGACCGGCGGCCGUCCGUCCGUCCGUCGGCGGUCGCACGCCCCCCGCGCGCGCCAGACGGCCGACCGGGCCCCCCACCACCACCGAGAUAACAACAACAGCGACGGGAAAAAACCGGACGCGCGGCGGAAGGGCGGCCCUUUUUGUAUCCGUUUCCGCGCGUACACCGUGCCGCGUAUACGACGUGACGACGCGCGCGUGUCCCGUGUGUUUGUAUAAACGGUCCACGCGCCCGCGGUGAGUCGCACGUCGUCGUCGCCAUUGGCGUCGCGUUAUCGCGCAACCGGACAAAACGUCGUCACGCGUACCACCUAGGCAAGUGCGCGGCCAGACCGACCGACGUCCGAGGCACGUGAUCCCCGCGCCGCCUUUAUUACUGGCAAACGCCGUUUUCAAUUAUUUUUCUGUUAAUCGCACUCGAAUUAUUAUUGUAUUUUAUUCGCGUGUUUAUGUUGUUAUUAUUGUAUUAUAAUGAUACGAUAUUAUUUACGGGCCGUACUACUUCAUCGCCACUUACCUAUAUUGUAUAAUAAUAUACUAUCAUAAUAAUAAGUCAUAAUACUUUGCGUUGUCACACGCAGAGAAAACAAUUUCGGCGGAGUUUAUCAGUAAACAAAUUAAACUCUCCUCUUUGACUGUACAACUAUAUUAUAGUAUAUGAUGCGUUGUGUCUAGAUGUUAUUCCUGGUCUAAAACAACAUCUACGCAAAGUUUCAGCUCAAUCCGUUCGGUAGAUUUAUCGUGAAUGCAUAACAAACAUCCAUCCGUACAUCCGUCCAAACAAACAAACUCAUGCAUUUAUAAUAUGUAUUUUCGUAUUAAUAGGACAGGAUUGAUUAUUUCGAAUGACGGUGAUUAUUUACUAUGGCGAAAUCAAGCGUAAUUUACUCGAAAUUUAACAGAUCUUAAUAACCUAUUCUAACCAUUUUAAUUUCCCCUCGAAUCCCUUCGGUAUCAACAACAUCUAUAAUAACUCUUGAAGUUAUUGUAUAAAUUAGUCGUUAUCUAAUUAUAUUUUUGUUUCUUUGUUGAAAGCGUAAUUUUCAGCGUCUAGUAUUUUACAAGUUUGAUUUCGAAUUUCAAAUGAUACUAUAGUCGUCGAAAAGUUUCCGGUCGUUGCAUUAGGUCCGGACGAGGGGCGAGUGCACAAGUUAUCGAAUUUCAGGCUUACUACGGUCUUUUCCCUCAAACUUUGCCUUUCGAACCAAAGUUUCAGUAUACACAUUUUUACGUCGGUAAGGAAAAUACCACGAGUGCCGUUGUGCACUCGGAAAACUAAUACCUUACUGUUCUCACGUCAAACUGAAAAUCAAAGUAUCCGCCAUAUUAUUUUCAUUUUGGAUUGAACUGCACCAAGAAUAAAUAACUUUGUACUCUUUAUGGGCUAAUAUGUUUUUACAUUGCGGGCAAAUCGUGUAAUUGGCAUUUAAUUUUAUGUUCGUUUCGAAUUUCCUAGACGUUUUAUGAUUUUUUUUACAUCUAUUAUAAUUUUUUUAUUUACUAAAUAUUAUCAUUUCUUUUAACGACAUUUUUUAACAACAGUUUGUAUCAUCCCUUUGUGUAUGUGUAUACUGCAUUACACCUAAAAACGAAAAACAAUAGUUCGUUAACAAUCGAAAUAUAUAAUUACUGCCACAAAAACAUAACAAUAAACCAAAAAAAAAAAAAAAACUGUGAUUUUAUAGAUAAUAUAUUUUAAUUUUAUACAAUUUCAACAAUCCCGUUAAUUUGUUUAAAUAACUAAACAUUUUUUUUUGUAAUCUAGUAUAUGUACUUCCUGUUUGAUUUAGGAACUAUCGUCAUAACGGACAAUUUUCAUAAAACUGGAGAAAAUACUUACGUAAUAUUAUUUUAUAAGGAUAAUAGUUUUAGAUUCUGAAUGGAGCGAAGAAGAUUAUGGUUUUAAAAAGAUGUUUAUUUUGUAGCACCUUUUCUGAAAGAAAAUCGGUGUGAAGAGAUACUUUAGGGAGGUCAUUUUUCGAUUUUCUCAGGAGUUUUUUCGUUAAAUGCGGGAAAAUAUAAGAAAUUUGUGUAUUAGUUAAAAUAUAUUAUGGCCUUCUUUUUUUCUGUGCACAACUUUUCUGUCAAAAAUUUCGCUCCUACUUAACAUGAUAGCAAUAUUUUUAAAAUAAAACUUCACUAUGGAGGUACUUUAGAGAAGUCAUUUUUUGAUUUUCUCGUUUUCUCAAAUAAUGUGAAAAACCAGGAUAAAACAUGGAAAAAUCGGGAAAAAUGUAGAAAAAACUGAAAAAUUGGUACAUUAAACAAAUAUUAUUAUAGACAAUAUAUAAUACCUCUUUAAUUAUUUUACCAUAAUAUGACAUAUAUAUUAUUGACAAAGCAUCACUAUCAACUGACCUUCGCUCAGAAUUGUUUUUUCGUUAUCAACGGUUAAUUAUUGCUAACAGAUAUUCAUUAAAUUACUUAUAACAGUGGCUACACCCAUCCACAUUAUCCUAGGACGUCUUUUCUUUUAUUUUAGAAAUUUAAGUUUAAUAACUAUAAUAAUCCCAACAAUUUGCAUAUAUUAAUGUAAAAAAUCUCAAAGAUUAUAAGAUAAAUAACAAGUUCAACAUUUUCAUUAGACAAUAGAAACUACUGAUCAAGUUUAAAAUUAAUUUUUUAAAACGAUUUCAGAAAAUAAAAUAGCAUAUCAUAUACGAGUUUAAAGGAUAUGCGGAACGAUCGAAAGGAUGUAUUGGAUAAAAAAUAUGUAUUUUAGUAUAUGGUGUGUAGUGAGGAGAAUAUCAGACCGUUUAAUGAGUAGUGAAUUAGGUUUAUUUCUGAAUAUAUCCAAUAAAUAACAUGACUGCGUGGUGGCAUAUCAUUUAAUAUUUAACAAUUUUGAUGUGGUUAUUGAAGUUUAAAAGUAAUACGAUUUCACGAACACAAAAUUGGAAAUUACAAUUUUAAUUUUACGCAUUUGGUCUUAAUCAUUUUUAGUUAUCUGUAAUUUCCUGGUCAUAAAAACUGCAUAUAUGGGAAAUAAGAAAGUGACUUUUUAAAACUAUAAUAUACCUACCAGCCGAGUUCUAAAAAUGCCUUUAUUUAAAGUAGUUUUGUGAAACUAUUUCAUCGUUUUUAUAGCCAAAAUGAUUUUAUCUACAAAAAAAAAAAAAUUACAAAAACACAUAACUAGGUAAUUUGUAAAACUGAUUAAUGCUGUCUCAUUCCGCUCCGAAUCUUAAAAAAAAUAUCAGCAUAAUUUCGAAAACCUUAUAUUAUUAUACCUAUACACUACAGAUAAAUUUAAAAAAUGCUAUCCAAAUAUGCGAUUUGUGAAAUAAACAUUUAAAUCUAGUAUUUAAUUUUUAAUGUCUUGUUUAUAAAUUUGUGGAAUCUUGUUUUUUCAAUUUAUGAUCGGACAUUCAACAGAGGCAUCUGAAUAAAUUUGUUACGUGUGUUUAAUAUUUAUAUAAUAUUACCUAACGCAAAACCUUUCGUAGGUUGCCUGCAAUAAUCUUAAAUCUGUAUUAAAUUCGAUUAUAGUCGAAUAACACAAUCAUUAUUUAUUAUUAUUAUUUGUAUUAUUUAUACGGCUCUAGCUGAAUAAUUUCAAAUGUUAAAAAUUGUCGAUUAGGACGUUUUACAUUUCCACUGCCUAUCGAAUAAUAUAUUGUUUUGUGCUGGAUAUUAAAAUAAAAUCGAAAUAUUGCAACAUUUGUAACAAUAAUUAAUAUUAAUUAUAUAAAAUAAAAAUGUCUUAGAAACACGUGUUAAAUUUCACCAUUAUUGAUGUUAUUUUGUUGUGAUGGUGUGAUAAUAUAAUAUUAUAAAAUAUUUGUAUAGGCAAAUAUUACUAUUUAGUUAAUAGACUAUAGACAAUAAAUACAAAUAAUCCGGAUACACUUGACACUUCGCACCAUGGAUGGGCCCUUCUCCCUGUUGUACCUGGGGUAUAGGGCAUAAGUUAAUUUAGUUUACAUACUGAAGUCUGAAUGCAACGAUAAAUCAUUGUAAUAAAAAAAACAAGUUCGGUCAACUGGUAAAGGUUGAUAGUAGUAUAGUCGUAUUUUUCUCACAUUUAGCUAUUGGUAAACCAGAAAUCAAUAAUAAUAAAGAAUCGAAAGUAUUGAUAUUUAUUGCAAGGUAUUUUUUUUUAUUUUGUAAAAAAAACUAUAAAAAACCCACCGGGCGAAAAACCCCAUAUUUUAUUUUUUUUACUGCGUGAAAAAAAUAAGAACAUUUUUAUUAACCGAAAAAAUUUUUUCAGAAGAGGAAAAACCCAUCUUAGUAAAAAUAAUAUAUUUUUCACUAUUACACUCAGAAUCUAAUAAAAAACCGACAGUUUUAAAUAAAGUUUUACUAAAAUUUCAAUCAAUUUCACUAAAACAAUAACCAAAUGAACAUGAUAAUAUAUAUGAGAUGAAACUACAUGAAGAGUUUAUUGAUUAUUGUUGGGAAAACAAUAAAUAUUAUACGGUCCUGAUUUAAGAGGAUGUUUUUAGGUACCGGUAAGUAUAAUAUUGCAACCAGAGUAUAUCUUUGAGCAGUAUUUCCCCAUUUUGAAUAUUACAGCGUGUCGGGGUACAUAAUCUUUAAAUGAAACACGCUUGGGUAUAAAAGAACACACCCUGUUUAGGUAAAUCGUAUCUCUAGAAAAAUACAACCAACACACAACACACCUAUAAAAAAAUAAUACUAUAAUAUUAAACGAUUGACAUAAUAUAUUUUUUCAAUUCAAAAUUAUUAAGAGUUUGUUAACGUUAUCUAGGAGACACUACGAGAAGUUCGGCUCUUUUUCGUCUAGUAAAAAUAUGUUAGUCUUGUUUAAUUAUAUGUCAUAGUUUAAUUUUUUUUUUUUUGAUACUUUCAUGAUAUUCAUACUUCACUUAUUAUUUACUUUCAUUUUGAUAUAAAUUUUGAUACGAUUUUUUAAUAUAUUUACCAGUAAAUUUUAAUUAAGGACAAAUAUUUUUCAAAUUAUUUAUCGAGUUAGUAUAUCAUAAAUCAUGAAUUCCCAAGUCGGUUAUCUUUUUUUUUAUAUAUCUGUAAGGUAGGUAUACCCGAACGUAUUGUGUUUAUGUACCCACCCAAACGUGUUUUACGUUGGAUAUACAGUAAAACUUUCAUAUAAUGGUCACCGAAGGGAUUCAGAGGUAACCAUUUUUUAGAGGUUUCCUUAUAGAGGUAUAACACUUGACGGGACAAAAAAAAAUUACCGUAACACAGAAGCAGCCAUCUUUUAGAGGUGACCGUUAACGAAAGUUUUAUUGUAUUUAUUUUUGUAAAGAAUUUUGAAUCUUCCUUGGGAAAUUCAAUAAAUAAUUAAUCUUUGUUUAUUUUUCAAUUUCCCGUUUGAAAUUUUUAAACAUUUAACAAAAAAUUACCUGGCUCACUAAAAUAUAAUGCAUACCUAAUAUCUAUAAAAAGGUAUUUAUUUAUUGUUGAAACAAUUAAAAACGAUUUUGACGAAUGCAUUGAUCAAUAUGGAUAUUUACACUAAAAUUGUAAGAAUGGUGAUAUAGCGUUUUUAAAAAUACAGUAAAACUUCCUUUAAUGACCUCUGUGUAACGAUCGUAUUUUUUGGUCCCGUCAAGUGUUACGCCUCUAUAGGAAAACUCUAGGAUGGUCACUUCUCAAUAGUUGUCAUUAUUUCCGGUCCUUUCGGUGACCGUCUUAUAGGAGUUUUACUGUUAUUAAUAUUAUAUAUUAUAUAUUAUUAUUCGAUUUUUUUUUUCUCCAAAAACACUUUCACAUUCUUAACCCGUAUAGUAAUGUUUCGAUUCGUGCGUCUAUAUUUUAGAUUUAUUCAGUAUUGUAAUAAAAAAAAAGACCAUGCUAAUUUACGUUGACACUCUAUAUAGAGGCCACAAUUCGUUGUACUUCUUAGUAUAUUUUUCUAAUGGAUUUCUUUAAUUUUUAAUUUUGAGUGUAGUGAACAUGAUGCUAUUAGUUUUACUAUGGUCAGGGGUGGCAAAAAAUACUUGGUUGGAGGGGUUAAGCCAUAUUUUUCAGAAAACUGUCUAUAAAAAAAUAAUAUUUUAUAGUUUAUUUAUACUUAAUAUAGUAUGGAUAGUGUAGAUACCUCUAACUACACACUUGUACGUAUCUGCAGUAGUCGAUAGUAUAAUGUUAUUUUUUGAAAUAUUUAUCAUUGUUUUAAAUACCGUAUUUUCAAAAAACGGAUGUACAUCGCACGAUGGCUCUACCUUUAUAAUCUGAUAUAUAGGUGAAAAGUUGGGAAGGUAGUCAGGUAGGAUAUAGAAGGAAAUUUAGUUUAUAUCAGUACGCAACGAUAAACCGUUGCUAACAAAAAACAAUUCAGAAUGGAGUUUCUUUUAUACAUGUACGUACAUUUCCUGGUUUUCCUACGUUUUUUCCUGAUUAUUACUGAAACCGUUUGGAAAAUCAAAAAAUGACCUUCUUGACGUAUCGCCCAAGUAUAAUUUUUUUUCAGAAAAGGUACUACACUUGAAAAUCGGAGCAAGAUUUCUGAAAAGAAUAAAAUAAACAUCAUUGUAAACCAAACAACCGAAAUGACAAAUAAAAGUUUCGUUUUUUUAAAUCUUCGAUGUACGAAACGAAUUUUGUGCUUGCAGCAUUGUUUUAGAACAUUUGGAAAUAUAGAAUGCAAUUUGCAUUUUGACAUCCGCGCUUUAAUUAUUAUAAUAUACGUUUUGAUUUUCGCGGAUAAAAUACGGAAGCGCCAAUGCGUUUUAAAUUAAAUCGUAUCAACGUCAAAGUGAUUAGAUUAUACAGCAUUACACACACAGCAGCGCGUGCUGUGCGGUUUUCAACGAUGAUGGUCCGAGCGCGUGCCGUUCGUUUGUCGCGCUACAAAGCACACGUGACCAUACUGUUAUCUUAUUUUUAUUUAAAUAUUGUACAAAUAUAAUUAUUAUAAUCGUAAUAUCGUUGCUGUAGCAGCAGAGAUAUGUCGUCGACGCGUACUGCACAUGUUACGGCAAACAUUUUAAAUCGGAUAUUGUCAAUACUGUCGUUGUUUUUUUUCACUAUUUAUGUAUAUAUUCAUAUUUUUACUGUUGUAUAUUUUCUGCGCUGAAUGCCUCCGGGCGUGUAUUUCAAAAUAAAUAAAUAAAUAAAUACUUUUCGUUCAGAACUGAUUUCGUGUCGCUAGUUUUAUUGUUAGAAUGAAUCGGUCUAUUAUCAGAUUAAAAAGUAGGAAAAAUAAGGCUUGUGUUUGUCCGUCGUUCUUUUUCGAUUUAUCUCGUUUAAAAAAAUACAAAUAUCUUAGAAAAAAAAAAACCAAUGUAUAAACACAAACAACGUCUAUUACCUUUAAGUAUAGGUGUGAUAAUCGACUGAUUUACUCAAAUAUUAAAACUAACGGCAAAAAAUUGGUGCUGUUAAACGAAAAGCUAAUAUUAUCCAAUUUUCAACAUUAGCUGUAACAUAAUAUAUAAUUGUAUCGUUGUAAUUUAUAAUGGAAACUAUAGCGUUUUCAUGGUGGUAAUAAUAUCGCUGCAUAGUGCGUAAUGUGUAAUUCAAAUUACGUAUAUUUUACGACGGGCAUCUCGUAAAUGGAUUUGCAGAUAUUAUAGCGGCGGAGAAUACGUGCCGAAUAUUAUAAAAGACCGAUAAUAACAUACAAGUAUAUAGUACCACGUGACACGGUCUAGGCCCUUUGGCAGCAAUUUCAAAGGCGACAAAAACGUCUAAUACAUUUAUAUUUAUUCGCAUCGCCGCACAAUUUCAGUUUCGUUUUCAAUUACUGUUAACUUGCCAUAUCCUCCGCUAAAAUAAUUACUGUAUAACUCACUCGUGGGGUCAAUAUUAUAUUUCACUCGCGAAAUAGAAAACUGUCGCAAAUGUAGAAUUUUACUCGUGAGAUAUCAGAAUUUCGUCUCGACUCUAGAGGAUCGUCAACACAAAUUAUAUUAUGCUUAACGGGUAAAUACGUGUACUGUACCACUCAUAUGUGACCCAAUCUUUUGGAAAUCGAUCGGUUUUUUAAAAAAAAAUAAAAAAUAUUAAAUUUAACAAUAAUUUCGAAGUGAGGUAAAUUGAUCGUGUAGUGAAGAGAAGUAAGAUACUACAGGUGGAGUUGCCACUAUGUGUGCCUUUGUACGUCCAUGAAGUUGGUACCACCACUUGAAGCUAUCAUCUUUAAAACAAUGCCAAUAUUUUACAACUAAUUUACAACAAUUUGCAACGUUAAUUUUGAAAAUUUGCAACAUCACAUUUUUUUCAAUUUUUAUCUGUAAAUCGACGACUCGUUUACCUACAGAACAAAAAUAUCGAGUACUUCCGCAUUUCUUGGCAAAUCACGUGAAAUUGCAUUAAAUAUAAAUAGUGUUAUAAAUUUAAGAUAGAAUAAAGAGCUAUUGUGGAUUAGUAGAUUUAUGACACAUCGAUAAGAAUGGCUUUUAAACAAUGUUGUUGUCAGGUAACAGCGAUUCCAUCAAAAUAUUGUGUAUGUCAUAUAUUAUAUAUUUAAAUGGGACUGGUCCAAUUACAAAGAUUUGCCAUAAUAAGUGAAAAUAAAAUACUUAAUAACACAUGAAUAACGUAGAAAACACAAAUACAUUAAUAUACAACUAUAACAAUAUAAAUACGCAAUAACUAGAAAAAUAUAAAUAAUGAACACGAAAUCUAAAAUAAAAAAGAAGAGUCCUUAUUGACAUUCACAAUUUCAUCAGUCUAAAAAGAGGAUAGUUUACCAUGUAACUGAAUGAAUAAAAGGGAAUAGAAAAAGGGUAGACAAAUUGGGAAUUAAAAACAGGGAUAUGAAAUUUAACAGUGUGCAACAUUUCAGGAGUUCCAAGACUUCAAUUUAACAGUUUACCCAUACAAAUUAAAUGCGCUUGCUUCCUUCUAUCAGCUAGCGUCAGCUCGUAUAUUGAGCUCCUGAAGCACUAGCAUGUAGUUUUUCAGCGGACGAGCAGUCCCUCGAACAAAAGCCUCAUACUUUAGCAAUUUACGCUGUUCACGCUCAACUUUGUAUUGGUCACUUCUUGUAUUAGAACACCAUACUAUUAAGCCAUAUUCCAAGUGAGAACAAACAAAUGAACAAUAAAGGGCCAUAAGGGAACUGCGAUGUUUGAAAUCAACAGUAAUUCUCUUAAUAAACUCGAGUAUUUUAAGACCCUUACGUGUUACUCUUUCAAUAUGUGAAUGAAAGCAUAGACGACGAUCAAAUGUGACCCCCAAAUCAAUCUCGUCAGAUAUACGCAAAUUUUUUCCAUCGACAGAAUACUAAAUAUCAACAGAUUUAUGACAUCAAGUAAACGUCAUUACAUGGCACUUAUGAGAUAGCAAUCAUUUCGAACUCAUCGAAUUCAAAAUCAUUUCAUUUUGAAACGAGUAGAGGCUAAUGCUGAUUAAUCGUGGGUGAUUUAGCAUUUUAAAAUUAUAUUAAAAAACGAAUUGUACCCGCGAGUCAUCCCAUUUUGCCGAAAACAUGGUGGUUUUAUAAUAAUUAUAAUUAUUAAAUGACAUUAUAACUUCUAUAUUCGCUUUCGCUGUGAAAUGUUCAUGUUUAUUUAGUUUUCUUUGGAUUUACGCGCGGUUAACAUUUCGUUUGGCUUUUUAAAACCCCGCUGUCAUAAACCCUCCCUCCGUCCACAAAUGUCUCAAUAAAUAUUAUUGUGACGGCACCUGUGCGUGUGCCAAAACGGAAUUAUUUCACUGAUGACGGCGGUCGAGAGAGGUGUUAUUAUUUAACGCGUAUACAAGACACGUGCCGGGCACGCUUCUGUGUGCACAAUAUGUACCCGAGAAUCAGGUACAUUAUAAUGUAGGCGUAAAAUAUAUAUAUACGAAUAUACAACAACGUAUACUCGUUAGGUAACUCGUGUGCGACGAACAAUACGGGCGACGAUGGUGAGUUCUCGGAUGUUUACAUUGUACGUGACGUGUUUCUAUUGUUGUUAUUUUAUUUAUUAAUUAUUAUUAUUUAUUUAUUUAAAUAUAUAAUACAUGUAUCCACCUACAUAAUUGUAAGUACGAUAAUUGAAACGGCGAGAGGGUUGAAAUAAAUGGUGGUGUUUAACCGGGGAUGAUUACGAGUACAAUGCGUUCAAGGGGCGCCGUGUGAGAGAAGUUCCGCAUACGGUUUCUCACGGACCGCACGGUUUGCUAGUGUUUGCCCGGAUAACAAUUGUAAUUUUACUGUUGCGGCCACCAAUAAUUUUUCUGUCAGCGAAAGAGGCCGGACGCUUUAUGUUUCCUGAACUUUUAAAAAUUUACUGAUAGGUAAUCGCCUACACUUCCCUGACUUAAUACAUAUACCCGUAUGUAUUGUACAUGCAAAUGUUAUAAAACGCUUAAAAUUUAUCUGUGAUAACAUCGCGGUUCAUUUUUUUAUAAAUCGGAAAUCGCCUCCGGUGAGAUACUCGCACUCAACGCGUUAAAAAAGUGGCUAAGGUAGGGUAAUGGAUUUUUUUUUUAGGAAUUACUCUACAUCCAAAAUAAUACCUAAUAAAUAAAUCGAUAAAUCAUAAGCAGAUCCAUCACGAAUGCCGAUAACAAUAGUAUGUUCCUUUUUUUAUUUGACGGUGUCACUGUCGAUGGUAUACCCGGAAAUUCCCAACGGGGAUAUAUAGUAAACAAUAAUCACGGUUCAUGAAUAAAUUGCAAAGUUUUCUUCUGUUUACGUAAUCCGACAACGAACGUUGAAAAUCCGAGUUCAAAAAGCCAAUUUUUGUUCAACAAAUCAAGCGCUUUUGCUUUUUCAAGAUGAUACUAAAUAAACACCCACAUUGGUGUUGCUAUUUUAAACCGAUUGACGGGGAACAUAACCCCUCGUCUGCACACGCUACCGUUCGCCGCUAAUUGAUGUGUCGUCUCAUUACAAUUGCAACACGUACAUCAUUAAACGGACAGUAUACAAAACGACUCCUCCGAAAAAUUAUAUCGCUAGUUUCCCAACUCGUUUUCCGGGAUUCGCCGGGACUUACCAGCGACGACUUAUGACGAUGACGUCUUUCGGUCGCACCUGUAGCGCCGCCGUCUUUCGGGGCAGAAAUUCUGUAGUGGCGACGGACCGAACGGCACACCUCUCGUAACGCCUAGUAAAUAUACCCCGGGGUAUACAAUGGGGGGGGGGGCGAUGCGCCCGGCACGUUCCUGGGUCGUGUACCGCGGGAUAUGCGGUCUGCAGGUGGUCACGAAAUAUAAUAUUAUAAUUAUUGCUCGGGCGCACGCGUCGUAUACACAAUCGUAUAAAAAAAAAAAAAAUAAUUCAUUCUAGGUGCCUAUAUGGGUACGCGUUUACUCCGGUCGUCAACGUCGCCACGCGGUGAACGCGACACGAGCCUUUAAUCGCGAAUUACAUUAUCAUUAUUACGUUUUAAUGUGCACGGUGUGUACAGUGUGUGUGUGUGUGUGUGUUUGUAUGCGUGUGUGCGCGAGAUUAUAAACACGCGAGUCCGGCGUUUAUAAUGAUUAUCCGAUGUGGGUAUAAUAUAUAUAUAUAUAAAUAUAUACGAGUGGCGUGUGCGCGCGGGGUGCAAGGGUGAAAGUGGCGGUGUACGAAUGAGUGGGGGAGAUAUUGCCCGUAAAUAUACGACGACGGCGAGGGGCGUGUGAGAGUAGUUCCGGGCGCGAUUUCCCACGGACUCUUCGCUCGGAGCAAACACUUUCGGGGGAGACUCGUUCACACACACACAGGCGCGCGCGCUGCACGAGCGCUGCAGUUUUCGGGCUAUUGUGUUCGAUCGCCGCCGCCGCCUUCGGUCACACGCCAAAACCACCCCGCCGACCUCUCGCCGCCGAGCGCGUACAUAAUAUUAUACCCCGGGCGGUUUGUGAACGGCGAAUAUAUUUUAUACCCAGUAGCAAUUGUUAUUGUUAUCAUAUACAGAGUGUUUCUGAACAGUGUUCGGCCACUGGCCAUUAUCAAUUAUACGCCGUACUAUAACAUGUUAUUAUUAUGCUCGGUGACGAAAUCGUUGCAAUUUUUUUUCUACCAUCAAUACAUGUGAAUUUUUUUUUUUUUACAAUUUACUCUCCGUAUAUUAUCUUUUUUUCGAUACGCAUAUACCAGUGUAAAAACAAAGAUCUAUUUGCGAGAGCAUUUUACUGGGAAUAUUAUUUAUUUGUGGCCAUCUAACAUACCUGGUUCGUUAACCGAAUCAGACUAAUAAAAUGUAUUUGUAGUUGUCACGCUGUAUAGUAUACCCGCGGUAUUAACCACGUGGUGUAUUAGACGUCGAAAAAACGUUCUACCGUGAUAUUUCCUAUAAAAUUAUAUUACAAAUAGACAUGUCACCUUAUCGUUUUUCAUUCUGGCGACAUUUUUACUGGGUAAGCGGAAAAAUCGAGCGAAAAUGAUGCGAUACUUCUGGACUCGUAUGGAUACAAAACAUGUAUUGUACUUUUAAAUUUACGUGAGUAUUCCAAGAGUAAGCGAAAAAAUCGGCUUCGGAGAUAGAAAUAACAGUUCAAACAAAUUAUCUUAUCGGUUCACCUAACCCCAGACCCCACUCUCCUUUCCGAACAGUAUAGUAUUAUAUAUAUAUAUAUAUAUAUAUAUAUAUAUAUAUACUGUGGGAGCACCCUGUAUUAUACUGUAGUAGACUGUCCGAGAACACCGGACGUAUUUUAAUCCCGCAGCAUUUAACCGCUGCCGCUGACCCAAAGUCCUUUAGCCGCCGUAUGAUAUUGUUUGUGAACCAUCACCGUGCACGUCUAUAUAGGUAGGUAUACUUUCCCAUACUUUCCCGUGGAGGCUUGAGCGGUUAUCGCGCGCAUAUCGGUACGAGGAUGUGUCGAGUGCUGUGCAGGAGAAAGGGCCGGCGACCCCCGGGGAAUACAAAUAUUAUAAUGUUGUUAUCGUACACAAAAGUCGUUUGAGUUACAUCGUAUCAUCGUAUCAAAGUAUCAAUUCGCUAGAAUUAUAUUGAAUAUGCGUACACGUGUUAAUUUUUAAUAUUUAUACUACACUAUGGGAACUUUGGUUUUCGCACCCCCUCGACCAUUUUCGCGACCGCGCCCAGUCCGUUACGAUAAUUUCUCCGCACUGAUUGUAUUAUUAGAAACGUAUUAUAAAUAAUAAAAUACGUUUCUAAUCGGUCGCGUAUGCCUCCGAAAACGCAUUACAUAUUAUACUAGAUGGGGUGAAUUUUCGUGCGGCAGACCUUUUCGCGUAAUUUAUUUUAUUACACGCUCCGUAGCUUCUCUUGUUCGCCGCUGCCGUCAUCGUUUAUCUCGUCAAAUAUCCUAUACUCGCCCGCGUCACGUUAUAUUCUACGACAACGUCUAUAUAAUACUCGGGCCUCAAAGCGAAUAUAAUACGUUGUGUUUCACAGCGUCUUGUGUCGUCCUUAAAUUAAAACCAAACGGUAUUGUCCGCGAACGCGCAGACGGUUUUAAGAAAAACAAAUAAAAAAAAAAAACACGCGCACUUUUUCGAAAUUGUUUCGAUUAUUAAUAGAAACUUUAAAAAUAUCGCUCUUCGUUAUCAUUGUAAGGUCUGAUAUAGGAACAACGUCAUACCGCGAUCUGAAAAUAUAUCCAGAACGAAAUCAAAAUGUUUACUGACAAACAUGCGAAUAUAGAUUAGAGUUGUAGCUGCUAAACGUCUUCUUGUCAAAACUCGCCACGUGUUAUACGAACGUUUCGAAUACUUGAAGCCGAACUAGAUCUUUAGGCUAGACAGGAAAAGGAUCGGGAGCUAUUUCAUUGCUGGUACAACCCUAAACAUGUUCAAUGUUCAUGUAUAUAUAUUUAUUAUUUAUGUAUAUCAAACACAAUAUGUGUACUCUUAGUUGUUAAAAUAAAAAUGAUUAAAUCAGUUAAACAAAAAAAAAAAAUCUAUAUAUUUAUUAUUUACAGAUUCAUAAUAUAUUUAUGAACGGUGUCUCUCCGAAAUAGAUAACUAUAAUUUAAGAAAAAUAUUGAUUCAGUCUCUUUGGCUAUUAUAAUAAUAAAUGAUUGACAUUGUGGCUAAGAGUAAUCUUGUUCGGAUAAUAAUGACUUAAUACCUUUAGUCGAGAGCUGCCCGUUACGUCAUCGUCAUGUUUAUUAUACGUGUCGAGUUUUAUUUUGAAACCGAUUACCUCUAAAACGAAUUCGAUGUUCUACACUAGCCGUCAAACACUUUUAAGCCCUAAGUAUUUUUUCGCAUGUUUUCAAAUAGCUUAGUAUUUUUUUUUCUAUUUAAAUAAAACCAUUUAAUAUAUUUAACGUUUUUUUUCCGUGCCGAUAAAUUAUUACCUUAAUACGUUAAAAAUAUAUGCAUACAUAUAUAUAAAUAAAUAAUAUAGUUUUAAGUUUAAGUUAUGCAGAGAACUCCUACCAAACAGUUUCAUAUCAGCUAUAUAAUAUGAAUAUAAACACCUGUUUUUUAUGCAUACAUACCUUUUAAAAACCAUUAGAGAUUAGGUAGCCGGUGUGUAUACCAUAAUAUACGAUAUUCUGUAUUUACGAAACUGCGCGUGGCGUAAUGCGUUUCGUGUGUUUUAAUAUUAAUUUUAUGCAUAAUACGUCCGCAGUAUAGCCAGUAUAUAUUAUUUUAUUUGGAUGAGCAUAAACCGUUAAAAUAUUCAACUAUAAAGGUUGAUGGUGUCGUCGAAAACUGCUCACAUCGAUUAGACCUAGUAUAAGGCAUUCGAUAAUUUCAUGUAAAUCCAAUGUUUAUUCAAAUGUUUACUGCAAUGUUUAAUCAAAAAUGUAAACCAAAAAAAUCAACGAUGUUGGAACAUUAAUUAGUUGAACUACAUAAUAUUGUUAUGUUCAUGAAAAUGUUUGAAAUAUGAGAGCAUAUUUCAAACAUUUUACAAUUUGCAUACUUUCGGAAUUUGAAACACUCUCUAUUUAAUUACAUUGUAAAAUAUUGUGUAAAACCAUUUUUCAAAUUCUGAACGCAGUGAAUAAUAUAUAUUGGUUUUACUAUGAUCUGUACUUUUAAUUUUUUAAUUAGUUCUGUCUGUUGACAUUUUUUCUACUAGAAAUUAAUAUUCAAUUAAUGAUUUUAUUUUUUAGUAUUGGUUUUGUAUUGGUUUUACAAUGAUGUUUUUUCUAGAUUUAAACACACUUUUUCUAUCAAAAAGCUUACACUGAUAAUCAAGUAUAGUACAUUUUCUUUCAGAAAAUGUUCUCUGUGUGGUACUUUAAAGAGGUCAUUUUUUGAAAUUCUCAUUAAUAUUCAAGAUAAUGAGGAAAACCUAAUUAUUUAGGUUAAAAAAGAUAAAAUAUUAAGAAAUCGUUAUUAUUAAGUUUUUAUAGUUAUAAUUUGUUUUAAACAAUUAUCGUCAUAGAAACACAAAUUGUUGUAAUUAUUUUACCAUAAUAUGACAUAUGGCAUUGUUGACAGAGCAAUACUAUCAACUGAACUCUGUUCAGAAUCGGUUUUUCGUUAGCAAUGGUUUAUCGUUCCUUACAGAUAUACAUUAAAUUCCCUACCUUGGGUAUGUAUUCUACCUUCCCAACUUCUCAUCUACAGCAGUAGCUGCACCCACGUACGAAGUAUGUCCGUCUUUUUUUACUUAUGAAAUUCGGUUAAAAAUAUUUACAGAAAUCCGACAUUUGCAUAAAAUACUUAUAUGAGCCUUUUCUAUACACGUGGCAAAAUCUUAAAAAUAUUUUCUCUAUUUUUGUAUUACUUUUUGCUUACUUUUUGUAUUGCUAAAUUUUUUAGUAGAAAUGCUUCACAAUUUUCACAAAGGUUCGUCAAAGUUUUACGUAAGUAGUGUUAAAAUAAUAAGCGUUAUUUAGGUAUUUUAUUUUAUAGAUUAAUAUAAAUUUCAAAUUUUAAUGAAUCAUGAAAAAUCUUAAAAAAGGUUUAACCAAACUACUGAACUUUGUCCACAAUUAUUUUUCAUAAGCAAUAUUUUGUUGUUGCGUACAUAUAUAAAUAACCUUAGACCUUCCCAACUUCAACUUUUUUCUUUUUUUCUUUUUGUAAUGAAAUAUUUUAAAUUUUGAUUUUAGUAUUCCACCCCAAUAAGUACUAUAUUUAGUAGUGCAUUUUAAUUACAUAAGUACAUUUUAUAUCACGUUGUAAUACCAUACGUACAAAUGUUUUUUAUGAUUUAACUAUAAUAUCAACUAAUUUUUAAUCAAUGAUCUGUUUCAGUUGUGUCCGACCAAAAGAAAUUAUGCGGUUGAAUUUAAAUUGUACCGAAGAAUCGGACAUAAAAGAGGAAUGCCUGGACGGAAUUAAAGUACUAACAUAUAUUAUACAGUGUGUCUCACCGCACAGAAAAAAAAAUACUAACAAAUUAUAGUUAAACAAAAUAUAGUUAAUAUAAGUGUUUAAUAGGUAAAAUAAUUAAAAUGAUAUAGUUAUAAUGACUUUAAAUGAUCAUGAAAUUUGUUUGUCAUGGUAAUGUUUAAUAUAUUUUAUAGUUACUGCAUAUUUAAAUGUUUGAAUUAACUAACAAAUAUUGUUAAAAUAAUUGUGUGUUAUUUCGCGAUCAGUCAUGAAUCCGCGUUGUACCAAGCGAGUUCUUGAAGGGGAGAAACGAGAGGGGCAAUCGCCCUCCCCUCUCCAUAAGCCAUGUGAUAUUCUUUUCUAUUAUACUAUAAUUAAAUAUAUAAUAUUUUUUAUAUAUUAUACCAUAGUUCUUAAAUACAAAUGCAACCGAUUCCAAAUUCCAUAAAGAUAAUUUCGGAGCUUGGAAAUAUUUUGAUUUAAACAAGAAUGAAACACUUCUCAUUUACAAAUUUCAAUAAAUAUUCUUUGUUUUUUCUCUUUAUCUAAAUAUUGUCUUACCUGUAAACAAUUGUCGAGCUUUCAGAGUCACAGACUAGAAGCUAAUAAAAAAAAUUCUCUUAAGGGUGAGAUAGAAUUAUGGAAAACUAAGUGGGGACAAUCAAUUUACAAAGAAAUAAUAAAAUAAUAUAUUUUUAGAAUCUAUGAAAAUAAAAUUGAAAAUGAUUAAUUUAAUUUAAAUUUUAGAUUCUGAGUGUAACAAAGAAUAUAUCUUUUGGGUUUACAAUGUUUUUUUUUUUUUAUAUUAAAAAUGUCUGCCAGAAAUCUUGUUUCAAUAUGAAAGUAUAACUCCUUUUUUGAAAUAAAAUAUUAUCAUAUUGAAUAGAUGGUACUUUGUAUGUAUUGUCAUGUUGUACCGAUUUUUCCAAUUUUCCUACGUUUUUCCCGGUUUUCCCAUGUUUUAUUCCGGCUUUUCACAUUUCCUGGGAAAACUCUUGAGAAAAUUUAAAAAUAACCUCUCUUAAGUACCUCUCUAGUGAAAUUUAUUUGAGAAACAUUACUAUCAUUAAAAGUUGGAGCAAAAUUACUGGUUGAAUAAUUGUGCACAAGAAAAAAAAAUAGUAGUAUUUUGUAAAUUAUCCCGUUUUUUUUCGAUUUUAAAAAUUUUAUGAGAAAACUCUUGAGACAUUCAAAAAAAUACCUCCCCACACCAAUUAUCUUUUAGAAAAGGUGCUACACUUAAAAAUCCGAGCAAGUUGUUGACAGAUAAAAAAAAAAAAACAUAUUUGUAAAACUAUAAGCUUCUCUGCUUCACUCAGUGUAUACAUUUUUAAAAAAAUGCGUCAUAUACCGUCAAUAGGGGGGCUUCAGCCCCUUGGCCUCACUGCGUACGUCACUAGUGUUAACUAAUAACAUUAUAGCUAUCCUUAAAAGAUUAUAUCAAUAAGUUUAUAAUAUAUAGUUAAUCCUACUAUUUUUAAAGUGCUUAUAACUAUUUUGUUUUUUCCGUGCGUGUUCUGCGGAUUUUAUUUUCCUGUUAAUGAUCAUUUUUUUUUGUUUUAAUCAUAUUUAUUAUUAAAAUGAAUGUAUGAUGCAUUCAAAUUUUUAAAAUAAUUGCAUUUACAAAAUAAUUAUUUUGAAAAUGCCAAAAAGUGUAAAAAUAAAGUUAUUUUUUAUUAUUAUUACUUUUUUUUUUAGUGAUUAGAGGCAAAAAUAGAAAUUUAAAUUUUAUCUGUAUUUAUUUAUAUAUUGGGAAAAAAAAAAUUGUUUUUUAAAAAUAUUCAUUAACAGAACUAUAAAAAUCUAUCGAACAAUAGGUGAGACACUCAUAGAUGUAUUAUUAUUACUAUGAUGAUUUUAAUGUCCUGAAACCGGGGUCGAAAAUAAUCUUAUAAUGUAUCGUUACAGGCGAAAACGGGAUUAGUACGAGUGAAUGAUUCCAAUAGAGGUUCAUUAACAGUCCGAUUGGUGUUGACGCUAGAAUGUCUAAAACUCCAGAAACAAGAGGCAAACGACAAUCAUCAGUCGUCGUCGUCGUCCGAGGACACCAUCGACAAUUACCAGCCUAGCCCAAACUAUUACGUAAAGAAUUUUAUUAUUUUUUUAUUUUUAAAUAUUACAUACCUAUUUUACGUUGUACUUACCCGCAUAAUAUAUUUUAUCGUUAAUAUUGUAAAUGUGAUGUAUGUCAUCUUGUAUACACAAUUAUGUAUACUCAGCUAUUGGUUUUUACAGUUUGAAGUAACAUUCGACCGUAAAACUAAACUGUUAACAUACGCUUUCAACAUUUUCUAAAUACCCCUAUACAAAAUCAGAUAUACAAGGUGAUCGACAUCACGCGUAAUACAAUUACCUCUUAUUAGCAUUUUUCGGAAUUUGUAAUUCUAGAAAAAAAUUGUUUUUCUAUAAAAAAAUUACAUUUCAAUUAUUUUUUGUCUCGUCCUUAUUUUUGGGAGUGAAAUCACUAUACCCAUUUACCAUUAGUUUUAAAAUUGUAACCUAUGUUCCAUAAAUAUAUGAAGUUUUAAAUAAAAUACAUUUUACUAUUGAAAUUUGUAAUCUUCAUCAAAACGUUACGAGAUAUUCCACUUUUAAAUUUGGGUAGGAGGAGAAUAGUGGAGUAUUAUUUGUGUGGCGACGCGGUGCACCGCGUUUGAAUAGGUACGUCACUCACUUCCUACUCAUAACUUAAAAGUGAUAUAUCUUGUCAAUUAGCUGAAUUAAACAUUUUAGUAUUCAAAUUUAUUUAAACUAAAACUUCAAUUUAUUUAUGGUAUUUUAAAAAUAAGUUGCUAUUUUAAAAUCAAAAGUGAGUAAUGAUUUCACUCCCAAAAUUAAAAGCGUCAAAAAAUAAUGUGUAUGUAACAUUUUAGAGCCAUUUCUUCUUAUUUUUUUUAGAAAACAAAUUACGAAAAAAUAUAAGAUUUCUGAGAUAGUAAUAAUGUCGAACGUUAUAUUGCAGAUCACUGCGCAUAUGUCUAAAAAUAAUAUUAUUGUUAAUUAUUCUGUAAUUUCCGCUUUUCGUUCGUAAUACUAUUAUAAUUAUUUGUCACUUCAUCUCAAUGUAUAUAAUAUUUCAGUUGAGAUAUGUGACCAUAGCGAGAAAAAACGGUAGCCUCGGGAUAAGCGUCAAAGGCGGUCAAGAAAAUAACCUACCGAUAUUAAUAUCGAAAAUUCCCGAGGGAGGAGCCGCUUACCACACCAAACGAUUGUUUGUAGGGGAUGCCAUUAUCAAAGGUCAAUAUACAAAAUAUUUUAUUCAGUGCACAUUUUGGUAAUAUUUUAUUGGUUACAUUUUACUAAACUUAACUUCGUAUUAGUGUAUUCAAGCGUUUAAAAUGACUUUUAUUUCGGUUCGUGCAAUUUUUUUUUUUGUUUUUUACACUCUCGUGUUCUCAAUUUUUUUUUUUGUCUAUUACAGUGAACGACCAAUUGAUCACAAAUGCAUGCCAUGACGCGGCUUUGCACAUUUUGCGAAAUUCUGGAAAUCACGCUACGUUAUUGGUGAAACAUUACAAAGCCGCAGCUCCGUUUUUAUUAGGAUCGAAAGGUAUUUAUUUUGUUUUAUUAUAAUUGUUCAUAAUUCUAUUGAAUUUUAAUUUUAUAUGAUGAAUCACUGAAAUAGUUUUGAAUAAUAAUAAUUGAAAAAUGAACUGAUACUGAAGACGGGUGCAGCCACUGUUGUAAGUGGGAAGUUGGGAAGGUAGGAUACAUAAUAUUAUUUCAUUUAUAUCCUUAAGCAAUGAUAAAUCAUUGCUGAUGAAAGAUGAUUCUAAGCGUACUUACAUGAAGCGUAAAAAUUAACAAUAAUGAAAUCCUAACGUCGUAAGUUUGUUAGUUUUUAUUUUAUGUUUUUAUCCCUUUGUUCUCAAUUAUUACAAAGAUUACUUGAAAAAUUAAAACAAUUUGUUACUUAAUCACCAACCAGAUUAAAAAUACAAAAAAUAAUAUAUUUUGUCAUUUUUCUAUUGGAGAAAUAUUUAUGGCAAAAAACAUAAGCCAUACAAAUUAAAAAUUAUGAAACUGUUGUGUCGUAAUUUGAAAAAAAGAAUCGUAUAUUAUGACUUUUUUGGUUUUUCUCAGUUAUUAUUAAAAAUACUUUUGAUAUCAAAAAACGGCUCUUUAUUGAAAACGUUUCCCAGUGGUUUUCAUAAUAAAAGGGCAUAAGCGGAAAAAAAACGUAGAAAAAACAUGGAAAUUUAUGAAAUAUAUAAUUUUCAAAUCGUAAAUAUUACGGGCUUUAAAAACAUAUAUAACACGGCUCCGCUCAGAAUCGUUUUUCGUUAGCGAUGGUUAAUCGUUGCAUAGAUAUAUAUUCAAUUUCAGCUCUACUUCUUCAAGUUCUCAACUACAACAGUGGCCUACUCAUCAUGCGAAGUAUGUCCGUUUAUUUUUUGGAGUAAUUUUAUCGUAUCGUGUAUAGUUAUGGUCACGUUAUUUAAAGAAUAAUAACUUUAAAAACAAAUAUUUUCCGAUUGAUUACUUUUAGUCGUUUAUAUUAUUUGGUUUAUUAACUUCUUAAUGAUGGACACAUAUUCAAUCUUUCUUUUUUUUCUAUUUCAUCUGUGAUAGAAAAACUGUUCGUGUUUUUUUUUUUUUUUAACACACCAUUAUCUUGCUAGAUAUAUUUAUUUUUUUUAAAUUUUGAAACAUUAUCCACCGUGAAAAUUAACUAUAACAACUAUUUCAUUUAUGAUUUCAAUCACAAUAUUAAUUACUGUACAUUUUAACUGAUAUAUACACGCCAUUACAGGCAUUGAUAAUUAAUCUUUGAGAAAUUCCAUGUUUAUUACAUUAUCUUCAUCACUUUAUGCUUUAUGCACGCACGCAUUUAUUAUUAAUUUGCGUUUUAUACGUAAUUAGUUUAGCAUAUUAUUUUACGUAUACCAGAUACAUAAUUUAUUUUGUAGAGUAUAACUACAAUAUAUUCCUAUUAAUUUUUAGAUUUUCCCAAUUACCCUUUGUGAUAAACAAAAUCAUAGUCUAUACUCUAUAGGGUAUUUAGUUGGGAAGAGUGCCCAAUAGACUUUAAAAUGUCUUUUACUAUGUGUCCGUUCGGACACAGAAAACUUCAUUGAAACAUUUCUCGAUGGCUCGAUGUUCGAAAUUGGUUUUGUUUUGAUUUCAGGAAACAGAAACAAUAAUAACAACGGAGAAAGUGACACUGAAGACGGCGGACAGUGGACAGAUUAUCUCUUAAGUAAGACGAAUUUAUUGAGCGUAUAAAAUACAUAUAAUUUAUAUUUUUGUUAAUGACUAUCAUAUAAUGUCAUAUUUUUUUUUUUAACAUUAAAUUUAGUACCGUUGAUGAUGGGCUAUGUAACUAGAUACGUGCAGGGCACGGACAAAUUGCGACGAAACGGUUUCGAAGUGCAUGGCAUGAACGGUUUAAAUUCCAGUAUUAUACACUGCGAUAAUGUGAAAAGUUUAUCCGAAUGGGUCAAACUAAUAUCGGAGAAUAUCGCUAAUCUUGCCGAAAUACAAGUAAGCCCAUCAUCACAUUGCACUAACGUUUGUUUUUAUGACAAAAUGUUUGCGCAUAUUACGUAUGAUUUCCUUUCCAUGAUUUAGAUUAAGCUGUACAAUUUGAAUUUUGGUAUUAACGAAAAGAUCGAGUACAUGGGAUGGGUAAACGAAGGAGUGUUGAACAACAAUCACCCUUGGCAAAGUUAUUGCGCACGAUUUAUGAUAAUCAGAGGACGAGACGUCUUACUUUUCGACACGCCACCCGUAAGUUCAGCUGCGUAUUAAUUCAAAUAUAUAAUUAUUCGAUUAUAUCAUUGUAUUCUGUUGUCACGGUAGCCUUUUGAUUAUGGUUAUCUACUAUAGAUAACCGUGUUUUUUUCGUAUAUAGGAGAUUCUGUUUCGUAAUCCAUCUCACGGAUCGCGCGUGAAUAUACAUAAUAUAAUAGUACGAAUAUAAAUUGUUUAUAUACUCAGUUUAAAAAAAAAAUGUAUAGCAUUAUAAAAGAUCAGUAAUAUAUUAUCUGUAUAUCAUAGAGACUUUUUAUGCAUAAUUUACAACGUCGAUAUCCAUAAAAUAUGCCCACGCAGUGCCGCACCCGAGAGGGGAGGGCACUGAGGGCAUAUUUCCUCCCCUUAAAAUCUUUUUUUAUUUCCGUAAUGUUAUAGUUUACAUAAAUUUGUUAUUUUAAUACAAUUUAUUAUUACUAGCUAAAGUUAGUGUUUAGUGGAGUUCUAGGACAUGUCUCAUUUCUGCGUUAAUUAUUUCAAUACAUUUCUAUGACAGCGUGAUUUUUGUACAGUUACUCUAUGGGUUUUAAUUAAGAUCUUAUAAUUAUCAGUUAACCGUUUUUCUUCCCGUUAUUUAUUAAUACUAUUUUGAGUUUAUCUAUUUCUGAGUUUGUGUUGUAAAAAAUAUUAUUCAAUCUUUUUGAUUUUGAAAUAUUUAAAAAAGUUAUCUAAGAAGCAGCUGUGCACAUAAAAGAUUUCCAUAUUAAAUUCAAAAAUUAAUGGUUUUAAAACGUCUGAAACUCAACAUUCCAAAGGAUUCUGUUUGCAGAUUUUGGGGAAUAAUUUACGAAUCGCUAUCUCACUAGCAAUUUAAAUAAUAAAUUUUAAUAUUAAAUAAAUAAAUAAAUAAAUAAUUACAUUUCUAACUUGCUUAAAAGAAUUAAAGAUUUUUCAUAGUUCUAUUAAUAUAUAUGUGCUUUAAAUGCAUUUAAAAUGGUUAAGUACAGAAAGGGGACAUGUCCAACAAUUUAAAAUGGCUUUCAUUGUAUGUUCAUAUACACUUUUGGUAAAUAUUGGAAUAAUAAAUUCGAUUAUAAAAGGCCGAUGUGAUUUAUUAAUUUACACUUAGCUUCUCCUCGGUUUUACCCAGACAAUUUUUUGUGUCUUUUGUAAAACUUGGAUUUAAAUCUUUCAUUAAAUGAUGCAAACAUAUCAUCUAAAUACGGAAAAAAAAAUCGAUUGCCUAAAAUAUUUUUUCAAUUUUUUCAUUUCUUAUAUGUUGUAAUUUUGGAAUAGUUGAUUCGAUUAGGUCUGUAGCUGUAAUUUAAUAUUUAAAUUAUCGCUGUUCUCCAAACUUGGGGCAGUGGGCAUCAGGCUAUUACAGUAUCACGCAGAUAAUUUUUUUUUUCAAAUCACUUAAACAAAUAUUAUUAUAAUCUGACAUUUCGGGGGAGAGAGUUUGAGUCUGUAAGCUCACUUCCUGUUUACUGUACUGGUAUAAAUUGUUUUAUUUUACUGAGCAAGUAUUAAAAAUUUAACACCAGCCACUUCUUUGAAGCAAUAUUUUCGGUAGGAAACAAAGCGUAAAAAUUAAAAAUAAUGAAAUCAUAACGUAAUAAAUUAGUCAGUUUUCAUUUUACGUUUUUUUUUUUCCAAUUUUUAACUAAUUAUUAUGAAAACCCCUUAAAAAAUGAAAAAAUAACCUCCUCAAUGCAUCAACUAGAUAAAAUUUCCUUACAGAAAAGGUGCUACACUUGAUACAUUAGAGCGAAAUUUCUAGUAGAAAAGUUGCUCACAAAACAAAACAAAAACACAUAUGAUAGUAAAACCAAUAGAUCCCUCGCUACGUCCCAAAUCUAAAAUGUAAAUAUAUAAUAAUAAUAAAACGAAAUUGACGUUGUAUAUUACAUGAGGAGAUAUUACUCAAUUAUUAUAUUGUACGUAUUCUAUAUCAAUAUCAUACAUAUUAUUAUACUCGUAUACACAGCAAAUAAUGCACUCAGAAAUUACAUCUUGUGUCGUUUGCUGAAUUCGUGUAGAGUAUGGGUCGUUGAAAUUUAACCGCCGAACAUUUUUAUAACAAAACUUAUACCGCGAAUGUAAUAGUGCCGAGACGGUUGUACUUUAAUGGCUCAUAAAAACGCGAACGUGCAUUUUAGUAUUAUUAUUAUUACUAUUUCUAUAAUGUUAUCCUCGUGCGUCUUUCAGAUGUCCAUUACGGAGUGGUUGGACUGCGGCGUCGUGUACAAACUGUACGAGUCUAUGUUAAGACUGGUGAAAGACACCGAAAACGUGGACCAGCGACAAAACUGUUUUCUACUACAGACUUCUAACGGCGUGUCCCGGUACUUUUCGAUGGAAACCAAACAGGGUCUGCUGGACGUGCAGUGUGCGUGGCACAGGUCAAUAUGCACGUCUAUGAUGCACAUAAAAGUAAGUCAGCCGUGACGCGUAUCAUAUUGUUAGUGUUAUCGAACAUAUCGCACGGAAAGAGAAAAUUGUUUCAAAACUAAUGUGAAAUUUUCAAAAUUAUUUCUUGGAUAAAACUUGAAAAAUGGAUUUUAUUACCCACAGCUGUUGAAUAAUUUAAAUUUGUUCAAGUGUUGUGUAAAAUACCUAUAGAAAAAAAAUGAAGAACAAUGUAUUCUAUAUAUUUUAUUUUUGUACUUUUACCCGCAAAAAUGUAUUAAAACUGGUCUGCUUAAAAGUUUGCAUCCUUGAAAAAAAACUAUUCAGAAAAAUCCCCACUUCACUAAAACAAUAUACGACACAUAUUGAUUUUAACUAUAUAUACCUACAUCAUAUCAACGACAGGAAGAACGACUGAUUUGAACCGUCUGUUAUAAUAUAUUAUAGCGGGCGAGGGUAAAGAGGUAUACUACUAAUUUUAUUUUUUCUUAUGUUAACUAAGUUUUAAACCACGAAAAAACCUGCGAAAGUUUGAUAGUUACGGUGGUGAUUGUGCGUGUCACCAAUUAGUUAAACGACGUGACUAGCAGAAUAAUAAUAUAUAAUAAUAUAUAAUCAUCUUUAUUAUAUAUAGUUAGAGAUUUAGUAUUUUUUAUGCGUACGUCGUUUAUUUAAAUUCGAAUUCAAAUAGAAUUGUACGUGAUUUUGUAUUCCUUCGGUGAUAAUGGUGGACAUGCAGCAAGCGGUUAUGCAGGUUUUUUCGUUCGAAUUUGUUCUUGUGCUGCGCUAUAACAUAUUGUGUCAGCGAGUUAAUUACGGUUUUUUUUUAUUAUUAUUUACAGAGCAGAACGUUUUAUGUAUUGUUCGGCAACAAUCAACAGCCGUCGAACCUAAUACUCGAUUGGGACAACGGGUUCACGUUAUACGACAACUGGAUGAAUUCGAACGUUUGGACGUAUAAAUUUUCCGAACUCCGUGGUUCCUCGGACGAUCACAUUUCCCGGCUAAAGCUCCACUUCAACGACAACGGUCGUAUCGAAACAAAGGUCUCAUACCAUAUAAAAUGUUAAUAACAUAAAACACCCGUGAGCAACAGACCUCAGUCACUCGAACUCCCUCCAGCAGACUUGUUGCCACUACAAUAUUCAUUUUUUUUUUUUUUUUAUAUAAUUUAACUAAAAUAGUUAUGACGACCAGAGUUUUAUUACAUUUAAAUGUAUUAACAACCAUUAACCAAGAUUACCCUGUAAUACCCCCCCCCCCCCCUCCAGCCAUAUCAUAUUCUACUACACCUCCCAUCUUUGUGAUGUAUCAUAUUAUUACCUACCGGGUCCGAUAGGGAAUCGAACAAAUAAACAUUCAUCAAAAUAGAUAAAGUAGUUAUCGAAAUUUUAGAUAGCAUACAAAUAAACGGUAGGGACGGGGGUUAGCAAUAUAAAACCUUUUAAAGGCACAUCCUCGACAACAGUUUUAUUUAUAAAUACAAAUUUUACUUCCGAUAAGUCUGUAGAGGUAUUUAAAAUUCGAUAUUUAAUGAGAUAACAUGAAAUUUGAACAUAAACAUUUUUUUGGAGGGGAGUUGAAAUUACCAGAAGACAUGUUUUUGAUACUUAGACCAUGUAAGUAUAAAAUUGCAUACCUUUGGGGAUCUACAGAAAUAUACAAAGCUCCUCCUCUCACAACAACAUGGUGAAAUUCAAUCAAAAUUUAUCACCUAAAUCUAGUGUUGGGUAUUGGCAUAAGCCAAUAUCGUAAAUAUAGACCGAUAUUCAGGAUAUCGGAACAUAAAAUAUCAGUUUCUUUUUUUGAAACUGCUAUUUAAACAAUAUCUUCGUAAAAAAAACGUUUUAUCACUCUUAAAACUACAUCCAAAAUUUUGAUUGAUUGAUGAUCACCCGUAUUAAAAUAUGUCUGUUGUUUUUGUAAAACGAAUUCCCAACAUCCAAUACCACGAAAAUAAUUUAACUCGAAUAGAAGUUUUAACCGUGGUAUCGUUUUUUUUUUCUGUAUUAGGAAUUGGUCUGUCAAGACUUACAAAGCCUGCUGUUCUGCGUGCACGCUUUCCUGACUGCCAAAGUGGUGUCCGUAGACCCCUCGUACUUGAACGCCGAGGGGGUUCAACAACUAUGAAGACGUAUAACAUUGUAAUGUACUAUAUAGAUAAAAAAAAACACACGGUUGCUGAUACGACGUAGGAUAGGUAUACGAUUAUAAACGAUUCUAUACCUAAUUCUACAACAUACUUCGUUCAUCUUAUUACCAUACAUAUAUAUGUAUAUUUGCAUAUAAAUAGUCUAUAUUAGGAUCACAGGCGCAACUAGGGGUUAAAACUAGAGCUUAUUAGGUCUUAAUAUAUACAUUUCUUUUUGCAGCUUUAAUUAUUAUACAAUAUAAAUGUAUUAUAAUAUAUUGGUUUAAAAAAAAAUAAACUAUUUAAAAAUAUUAUAUUAAUUGUGUGUAUACAGAUUACGUAUACAUGCAAGGGAGAAAAUUAAUGCAUAUAUUUUAUAGGAGGAAAAUUACGAAAUCUUAAGUCCUCACACUUACGCUUUCCUUCUAAAAAGUGUGCCUAGUUGCGCCUAUGAUUGUAGGACGCUGAAUGACUUUUAUCUCCGAGAGUGAAACUACAGAGUUGUUUACAUUUAUUUUUUAGCCUUUAUUCAUAGCCAAUUUGAAAACUUUAUCAUUGGGUUGUAUACAAAACAAAUGAUCAUAGAGUCUGAAAUACAUAACUAAAUUAACACAGGGUAGAUUACGACCAGGAAAAUUAACUAUAAUAAAAGCAUCAACUUUCGUAGGUUACUGCAGGUUGUGCAUUAAAAAUGGUUAGAUCGUUUUCAAUGUUAUAGUUUUAAGUGUCUUUUUUUAACUUUCUAUAUUAUUAUAUUUACACGUCGAGUUGUGAUUGUUAUAAGUAAUUAGUUUGUUGUGAUAAAUGAGUGAAAAUUUAUAUUAAUCAUAUUACUUAUACUAAUAUUUAUGUACGUUUUAUAUAGAUAUAUUAUUAAACGUUUCAAUCAUAUAUUCAUAAAUAUAUAUAAUAGGUAUUAUAAUAUUAUGUAUUUAUAAACCGUAACUAAAAGAUACAUGAUAUUUAACACAAAUAUAAACACAUACUCAUAGAAAGAGAGUCGAAAAUGUUUAGAAACGUCUUAAAAAAUACAUACAUACAUAUAUAGGUUGAUUCAAAAUUUGUUACAGCCAUUUUUUAAUAUAAAUAUUCAAAUUGAGAAAAAUGUAUAAGAAAAAAGUUAUUAAAUUCAUAAAUAUCUAAAAUUAUGUGCACUUUUCUUUUUUACCGUUUUUAUUUUGGAGUUUUGAGGGUCAACUUUUAAAAUUCAAAAGGGAACCUUAAUUAAAAAUUCCACAGUUAAAUGCAGUAUUAGUUUAAAUAAAUUUUGACCUUGACCUUUUUGAUUUCCAACAACCCGUUGACGAGAUAUUCUACUUUUUAAUUUAAAUGUAAGGAAAAAGAAGUGGAACACUAUUCAAACGCCCCACGUGGUGCCUUGCCAGCACACAAGCGCAUAGGUUCUCAUUUGAAUUUCAAAAGUUGACCCCCGAAACCCCCACAAAAAAUAGAGUAAAAAAAAAAAAAAAAAUGUACAAAUUAUUUUAGAUAUUUAUUAAUCGAAAAACUUUUGUUACACAUUUUUAUCUAUUAUGAAUAUUUACAUGAUAAAAUGGCUAUAACAUACAUUUUGAACCAUUCUGUAUAUUAUCGCAUAAUAAAAACGUGUAAAACGUUUCCGAAUUGUCUAGACAAAUUAUACUUGUACAUACAAAACUAUACUCAAUACAUUCUAGCUUUACGCACCUAUUUAUAUACAUGUGUACUUAUAUAUAAUAUGUGUAUAAAUAUCAAUUAUAUAUUAUAUAUGAUGCAGACGCCAUUAUUUUACCGGCAAAUUAUUUAAUAUAUCUAUUCUAAUAGUUACUGUAUUAUUAUUAUUGUUAGACACAUAUAUUAUGUAUCAGUAUUUAAAUUUCUGUUCUGUUUUAGUACAGCAAAAAUAAUAUUGUAUUAGUUACCUACUCAGUACUCUGUUGUACUAUUUAGAAACUAUAUUACUUUCUUUGAUAGAGAUUUAAGGUUGUACAAUUUCAUAGUAUAUUUUUCAACCAAUACAUUUUUUCAUAAUUCACCCGUUAAUUGUGUUUUUUUUUCAUAAAUCACACUAUUAUAACUGUACCCGCACGGCUAUGCCCGUGUGAUGUUCCUCAACAUGAUUCACUAUAAUACCAAAUAGCCUAUAACAUUAUAAAAAGAGAGUGGUCAAAUCAGCUGCUUAUCACCAUUAUGUAGAAUCAAUCAAUACAUUGUAGGUACCUACUAAAUCAUGUAUUAAUAAUCGACAUACGUUAUAAGUACUUAUUAA